CCUAUUUUGGAUAUUCAGAGGAAAGUACAGAAAUAAAGAAUGCAGGUAAGUGGGUACAUGAACAGAAGAGAAUGCUGAAAAUAACAGGUUUCAAACUUUGUUCUUCAGGCAGUUAGGCAGCACAGGCUGAAAUGUGAUCUAGAAUUGUAUAAGCUAGGCCAGGUCAAUGGCACAUAUACAACUUCAGGGUUCUGUUUCUUGACAUAAUUUAUUUUCAAAUAUUAUUGAUUAAAUCUUUGAAACAAAAAUUGUGGGGUGGUAGGGGGGGGAGGCUAAGCAACAGGCCUAUGCAUUGCGUUUGUUGCUUGCUUGGGUUGCGUGUUUUAACAUUGAUUUUUUUAAAAUUCUUUUUGUGUGUUACAUUUCAGUGCUGCACCCAAAAGCUGAACUUAGCUGCUUUUUAACUGUUAUUUUGAAAUGAAUAGGUUAGGUACGUCACAUAUACAUAAUGAGAGUUUAUAGCUCAGAUAACUGAUGAUUUCAACAGUCUGUGUUCUAAUUAAUUUUCUGUUGAUGUUGGUUCAACCGAGCGAGCUUAGUGCAUAGCAGAACAAUCAUAAACAGAAAGCCAGGUAUCUCUAGCCAUUUUUACAGUGCAUUCAGGGCUGCCAUCACCUGGUGACCUUCCAGAAAUAAAAGGAAUUAAAUGCCUCUGAAACACAGAAAACUUGUUGUAAAAAUGUUUGACUAAGAGUAGCACAUUGAUUGGGCUACUGUAUUUUAAAAUUAAAUUUGCAAUAAAUUCCUUUACAAUUCAAAAAUGAACUAGGCAGGAAUGUCCCCUGUCUCCUCUCCUGUUUGCCCUCACUUUGGAACCUUUUCUGGCGGUCAGACAGGAAGGAAAUGUAACAGGGUUCAACUGAACACAAAUUAGUGCUAUACACAAUUUUUUCUAUUGUCAAACCACUGUUCUCCUUACCAAACUUGUUGGCACCAUGAUAUGGACAAAUCUGAAGCUAUGGGAAUUUCACUCUCGAAAUGACUGACCAAACAACUUGGGCCCCAGUUUUUCCCUUUUGCCUGGUGGGAGUACUGCCUUAGAUACUUGGGGAUCUGGUUAACAAAUGAUCUGGGUCACCUGUAUCCAAUAAUUUCCUUCCCUUGCUGAGAACGCUUAAUACAGACAUGACAUGAUGAGUAGGGCAUAUCAUAUAUUGGUUUAGCAGAAUUAAUGCCAUUAAGAAGAACUUGCUCCCUAGAGUGCUAUAUUUUUUUCAGACAAUUACAUUACAAUGAUUCCAAUAAAGAGUUCUAGGACAUAUAUUUCCAGUCACUGAACAAUUCCAUCCUCCGAUUUAUUUGGCAAGGCGGGAUUGCAUGGGUCAAACAAACACAACUUAUACUUCCAAAAUGUUUAGGUGGAGCUGGGAUGCAUUAUUUGUAGAAAGAUCAUCAAGCAACCAAUCUCCCUUGGAUAAUUCACUUGCACGUGACAAGAUCCCCUAAACUUUGGCUCCCGAUGGAACUCUCACAGACAGACAGAUUAUGUUUCCCUUGCUAAUAUGGUCAGCUGGGCAGUGGUCAAAUGGCUGACCAUUCAACAUCCAUUAUUCAGGCCUUCUCUGAAAGUGUGGCAAACAAUCCGACAUAAAACUCAACCGACUACUUUUCCCAACCAAUUGCAACCAACAUCCCACAAACGAGACUAACAAGGUGGGAUCCUAACGUCAGAACUUCGGGGGUAUAACUUUGGUGACUAAAUAUCUUUGAAACAAUUCUGUAGCCAAACAUCUCUUACACCGUUACCCAACUUGUUGCCGAAUCGCUCACCUACAGGUUUAGACAGAUUCAGAUACUUCUAAAUACAGAGAUACUACUAGUCAAUCCAUGGCAAACACAACAUACACAGGAACUCACUGGUUUUGAGUGCCUAUGCUGCCUCAGAUCACAUUCAACUAGGAUAAUCUCGACUGUAUUUAGAAAUCUUGACCACCCUACUGCAAGUGCUUCCUAUGUUCGUAUCAAAGUGGGAGACUAAGAUAGGGGAGACACUCAGCGAGAAGCAAUGGGAAAAAACUUUCAUACUCUCGCACCAGAGUGCGAUAUGCUCAAAACCCAAGAAGUAAACUAUAAAUUCCUAACACAUUGGUACAAAAGACCUGACACCUGGGUCUGUGCAGGUGUUAGUUAAUUCUGCUGAGGAUGCAGAGAGGAAAUUGAUACAAGCUGACACAUUUGGUGAUCAUAAUCAGUGAUAGCCCCAUAUUGAAAACUGCUGCAUUCCAAGACAACAUAAAUCGUAGAUACUAAGCUCUUACUUCAACCACUGCCAUCAUACAAACGUUCCAAUGUCCUGAUACAAAAAUCACAAAACAUUUACUAAUUCAGCUAAAUCCCGUAUCCCAAGGAUGUGUAAAAAGUCAGGUGCCCCUACUCUCCAGCCGAGGGUAGAGGUGACCUACGCUAUGGAGUCCCUGACUGCAAUGAUUAAUGGCAUCAAGAAUAAAUGUCAGCAGACUCGGACUCUAUGGGUUGAUUACGUAACUCGACAGGCUCAAGAUGCAUUAUUGGAGACACGUGUUGGGGUUGUGAUGAUUGGGGGAGAGAGGGUGGGCGGCCCUAAGGCUUUUUACUUUGCAAUUUGUAAUCUCCUAUUAUUCUUUGUAUUUCCAUUAAAAAGUUUAUUUAUUUUAUGUUUAUUCUAUAUAAGGGACUUUUUGCUAGAAUGAUGAGUUCUUAUGGGCUCAUUUGUUUAAUAUUCUAUUUAUUUCCAUAGAUUUUGUGGGUUAUCCCCACUUGAGGUCUCCUUAGCAUGUCAUUUAAUUCCUUUUUGGAACUUCAGCUGGAGUUUGUUAGGGGGUAAAGAAAAAGGAAACAUGUUAGAUCUAUAUGUGCUGUACAAGAUUUAUGUGUUCAGAUAUUAAUUUCAUGGUAGUAAGUCUGAUGUUAACUGAAUAAAAUUAUAAAUGCAACAAUUUUGCUUUUGCCCCCAUUUUCCAUGAGCUGAACUUCAAAGGCAUUUCAGAGAAUUUGGCAGUACAUCCAACCGGCCUUACAACCGUAGACCACGUGUAACCACACCAGCCCAGGACCUCCACAACCAGCAUCUUCACCUCCAAGAUCGUCUGAGACCAGCCACCCGGACAGCUCCUGCAACAAUCUGAUUGCAUAACCAAACAAUUUCUGCACAAACUGUCAGAAACCAUCUCAGGAAAGCUCAUCUGCAUGCUCGUCGUCCUCAUCGGGGUCUCAAUCUGACUGCAGUUCGUCAUCAUAACCGACUUGAGUGGGCAAAUGCUCACAUUUGAUGGCGUCUGGUACUUUGGAGAGGUGUUCUCUGUAUGGAUGAGUCCUGCUUUUCACUGUACAGUGCAGAUGGCAGACAGCAUGUAUGGCGUUGUGUGGGUGAGCGGUUUUCUGAUGUCAACGUUGUGGAUCAAGUGGCCCAUGGUGGCGGUGGGGUUAUGGUAUGGGCAGGUGUAUGUUAGGGACAACGAACACAGGUGCAUUUUAUUGAUGGCAUUUUGAAUGCACAGAGAUACCAUGACGAGAUCCUGAGGCCCAUUGUUGUGCCAUUCAUCCACAACCAUCACCUCAUGUUGCAGCAUGAUAAUGCAUUGCCUCAUGUUGCAAGGAUUUGUACACAAUUUCUGGAAGCUGAAAACAUCCCAAUUCUUGCGUGGCCAGCAUACUCACCGGACAUGUCACCCAUUGAGCAUGUUUAGGAUGCUAUAGAUCGGCAUAUACAACAGUGUGUUCCAGGUCCUGCCAAUAUCAAGCAACUUUGCACAGCCAUUGAAGAGGAGUGGACCAACAUGCCACAGGCCACAAUCAACAACCUGAUCAACUCUAUGCUAAAGAGAUGUGUUGCACUGCGUGACGCAAAUGGUGGUCACAUCAGAUACUGCACAUUUUAGAGUGGCCUUUUAUUGUGGCCAGCCUAAGGCACACCUUUUCAAUAACCAUGCUGUCUAAUCAGCAUCUUAAGAUGCCACACAUGUGAGGUGGAUGGAUUAUCUUGGCAAAGGAGAAGUGCUCACUAACACAGAUUUAUACAGAUUUGUGAACAAUAUUUGAGAGAAAUAGGCCUUUUGUGUACAUAGAAAAAGUCUUAGAUCUUUGAGUUCAGCUCAGGAAAAAUGGGGGCAAAAAUAAAAGCAUUUAUAAAAAGUUUAUAAUUUUGUUCAGUGUAUAUACUAUGAACCUGGCAUACAUGUGAUUGUCUUCUUAUGAAACUAAAUAAAGAUUGUAAAAAAAUUGCAAUCAAUAUUGAAUAACCCUAAUUAUAAGUAUAGAACAGGUUUAGUUUUUUGUAUUUUUAAUUUUCACAAUUACUGAUUUGCAUUCACUUUUUCUUCACACCAUUGCUUUUUGUUCUAGUUUAGAAGACACCGUUUGUGAGCACAGUGUUCUAAUAGAUUGAUGGAUGCACAUUUAAUACUUUCACCUUUAUGUAAGUUUUCCUAAUAAAAAUAUUUAUACAUUUUCCCCACCCUUAAUCUACCUCCUAAUAGGCUAUAGUAUGUGUUACUAUCAGGUCACAGUCUCUCUGUGUCUUUGUGUCAGAUAACUCUGGUCUCAUGUCACUGAAAUAUACGAGUGACAACACUGUACAUGCCAACUGCGAAGUAAUAUAUCAAGUAUCAACACCUAGGUCACCUUCUCUGGGUGCCUCUGAACCUAUCCAUGUGGGGGUGAAAGUGGGAAUUCCUGUAACCAACAACUAUUUUAGCUUGUGGGAAUAAGAAUAGGAUUGUAACAUGGACUUCUGAGUAAUAGGAUAUAAAUAGUAAAACAAAGAAGAUAUAGACAGAGCACACUGUAGGGUGGUAUAUAGAAUAGUCUCUUCAGAGGUAAAAUGGGUCCAGGGCCUUUGCUUGCAAGGGGACCAUAUCAAAAUUGCAGUUUUCACCACAAUGUAACUAGCCAGUCACAUGCAGGUUGGACUUUAUUAGUUGGACAAUUAUUAGCUGACACACUGUGGACAUCACAGGGAAUUUAAAAGAGCUGCCAAACCCCUACUCACUCCCUCCCUGUUUGUCCUUGUGAAAUGUUGGUAGGUAUGCCAUUGCACCCAUUUGGGACAAAGUGGUAUGGGUGACUAUAGUGUCCCUUUAAUAUUUGUGUUUAUUCACUAAACUCCAAAUUGUACCAAAUUAAAAUCCAAAUGGCAAACUUUGUGGGAAAAUAGUUGCAGGGUUAUUUACCUAUUUAAAGUGAGAAUCCAAAGUUAAUUUCAAAUUUUAGAUCAGAGCAGCAGAAUUUAAAGCAUGGCUGACUUAGAGAAUUAUAGUGACCUUAAAGGAACAUUAUAGUGUCAGGAACACAAACAUGUAUUCCUGACGCUAUAAUGGUAAAGUAACAGUUUUCGGCACCCUUUCUUUACUUUUUAAGUCACUUUUUUUCUCGCCUCGGCAGGCCCCGCUCCACAGCUGUGGCUGAGAUCAUUAAAUUUGAAUCAAUGCAUGUCUAUGGGGAAUUUUCAGCACUUCCAUGCAGAGCGUGGAGACGCCGAAUGCCAGUACUGUGCAGCACUGAUUCAGGAAGUACCUCUAGUGGCUAUCUGAGUGACUGCCACGAGAGGUGUUACCAUACAAUCUCACACUAAGACAACCAGAAACAACGCAAACCUCAUCCAAAUACCUUGCAGUUUAUCCUCCUCAACCAACAUUCAGUGUGCACUCUGGAACGCCAGUUCCAUCCGUAGAGAUAUUAAAUAAACAGCUAUACACGAUCUCUUCGUCUCUAAUUCACUUAUGCCACUGGCACUCACUGAGACCUGGCUGCCCCCCUCUGAUACCGCUACCCCUGCUUCUUUGUGUUUUGGUGGACUACAAUUCUCCCACGCUCCCAGAAUCAACUGUAAAGAUAGUGGUGGACCUUUCAACCUAUCCUCCCUGCUUCUGCCCUUUCCUUUACUUCCUAUUUAAACCCACUCCUUUAAGAAUCGCCCUCUUGGUCAUCCUAGGCUAUUCAUUGAACACUUUUCUUCCUGGCUACCCCAAUUCCUCUCCUCUAGCACUACUUCCCUUAUACUUGGGGACUUUAACAUCCCAAUCAACAACCUCAACUGCCCUGAUGACUCCCGUCUGCUCUCUGUAAUCUCCUCAAUUGGCCUCACACAGUGGUCUACUUCAGCAAGUCAUACAGCAGGAAACACUCUUGACGCCCUCAACUUACCAAUCUCGCAGAAACCUCCACUGCUUUGACCUCCAGCUAUUCACCACCAAACUCCAAACUCUCCUUUUACACAUCUCAAAUCUCACCUGCCCAACUAGACAUCUUGGCACCGCCUACAUUUAAACUCAGUAAGCGCUCCCAAUUACAACCUUGCCACACCAAGCUGACCCAAUACCUCCAAAAAUGUUCCAGAAGUUCUGAACGCUGCUGGAGAAAGUCUCACUCUGCGUCCACUAUAAAUUUAUGCUGCGCUCCUACAGUUUGGCUCUUUCCUCUGCAAAGGUAAACUUCUUCAACACCCUCAUAAGCACACUGUCCAGCCAACCCUAAAUACCUAUUUCACACUUUUAAUGCUCUUCUUCGCCCUGUUGCUCCUCCAUCUCCUACCACCUUGUACGCAACAAACUUUGCAACUUACUUCACAGAGAAGAUUUCUACAAUUAGGCAAGAGAUUUCCAAUCACUCUCCCUCCCCAACCAAUACUUCCCCCAACCCCACUCCCUUCACUGUUCUAUGCUCAUUAGCACCCGUUACAUCGGGAGAGGUUUCUGCUCUGCUCCGGUCCUCCCGCCCCAUCACCUGCUACCUCGAUCUUAUUUCCUUGUAUCUCAUACGCACUCUGUCUCUUUUUCUUGCUCUCCCUCCCAGUAAAAUUUUUAAUCUCUCCCUUUCCACAUUUCAUACACCCUUCAAACAUGCAACUGUAACUUUGAUUCUGAAAAAACAUAACCUUGAACCCAACUCCCCAUCCAACUAGUUGUAGCGGUACUUACCUUACUCGGGGGCCGGCCAAGGUCCUCACUUCCCAGCGCGCGCGGCUCUCGAAUGAAGGCGGGCACGGACCGCGAGAUGCGGUCACGUGUCCCGCCUAGCUCUAAGAGCGUGCCGCACGUCUCAGACACGCUCUUAAAGGGGCAGUGGGAGCCAAAAGAUGAAAUGUGCUCCAAAUGGGCCCCUGUCAUCCCACAUUCCCCAGACACUCACAUUUUGGGGGCCGGGAUAUGACAGGGGCCAAUCAAAGUAAAGUUUAGGGUACUUAUACUUACCUCUUCCUUACUCCCUGCCCUAUCGUGGUUUCUGUUUCAGUUCCCUUUAGUGCUUGUUGUGUUCAGUUGUGAUUUUCGUGCUUGACCUUGGCUUUGUAUCUGACUCCGUUUAUCUCUCUAUCCCUGUUUUGUCUUGUUUGCCGGCUUACUGACUACUGUGUACCAGACCUUGGUUAGUUUUUGUUCUCGCAGUCUCUUUGUUCUCUUGACCUCGGCUUGUUCUUGACUCUGUCUAUUCUCUGCUAUACGGCGAGUCCGGCCAUUCUAAGGUCCGGUAAGUCGUAUCUGCUCUAUCUGUCGAUUGUUGAACUAAAUCUUGCGUGUAGGGGUAAACUACCGUGACAUUACGAUAGGGCCAUGGACCCCGCAGAUUUAAGUCAGCAAUUGGCUUCUCAUGAGGCUAGAUUUACAGAGCAGAAUCACCGUAUGGAUCAGAUAGCUCAGGCCCUCCAGACACUCUUAUCUAGAACUACUCCGGUAACAGUACCAACUCCUCUUGCACCCCUUGUCCCAGAUGUAUCCACCAUGCCUAAUGCUUCUGCACAUUUAACCCCUCCACCCAGGUAUGGAGGGGAUGCUAAGUCUUGCAGGGGAUUCAUUAAUCAAGUGGAAUUCCACUUUGAGAUGUAUCCACGUUCAUUUCCCACUGACAGGUUUCGAUAGCUUCCUUACGGCUUUUCGUAGAACCUUUGACACAACUAAAAGGUCAAAGAAUGCCGCCAAGGCAUUAAUGAGAAUUAAACAGGGUUCUAGGUCUGUUGCUGAUUAUGCUAUUCAGUUUCAUAGCCUUGCUUCGCAGGUAGAUUGGACCAACAAUGGGCUAACUACAGCAUUCAUGGAAGGACUAUCUGAUACUAUAUUGGAUGAGGUAGCAGCUAGGGAUCUUCCUAUCCCAUUAGAGGACCUUAUCGACUAUCUCAUUGAUAUAGACCAGGGGUAGGCAACCUAUGACACGUGUGCCAUGCACGGCACUCCAGGUGUCUUUGCAGGGCACUCAAGGCUGCUAGAGCUAUCAGGACUCCCAGUGAAACUUCAGAUAUCUGCUAAUAUGAAAUAGGACAAUCCUCAAUUUACGCAUUGCAGCACGUAGAGGAAGGGAUUUCAGAUCACUUAAUUCUAGCACUUGUGAAUGUGAAUCCGCACUGGAGUAUAGUAGCCUGGAGUCUCUGACAUGUACCUGGCCAGCCUGGUCCCCACUGGAACCCAGGGAAGCCACCCACACUGCUAGAUGUACACAGAAAUACAAAAUAACCCUCCCCUCAUGCAAAUGAUACGAACAGCCCACAUACAAACAUACACACAAUCCCCACAAACUCAACACCACUAACAAUCCAUACAUGCACACAACCCCACAUGCAGCAUCUCACAUGCAAAACCCCAAACAGCCCCCACACAUACACACAAUGACAUUUCCAUCCACACACACAAUUCCACAAGCAGCCCCUAUACACAGCCCACAUUCAUAGGUAUCAUACACCAGAAACUACUCAUGAACAUAUACAAUAUAAUAGCUCAUAUACGCACAAAUACAACAAUACAAAGCAACUGCAGUAUAAAUAACACAAGCAGAAUAUGGCAACAUGCAAACCUCAAUUUAAAAAAAAAUAAAAAAAAAUAGGACCGGCACGCUACGGGACAUCACAAUCUUAUUUCGGCAUAGUGCUGCUAAAAGGUUGCUUACACCUGAUAUAGACAAUAGGAUUCGUGACAGACUCUAUACUAAGAAUAGGAAUAGACGUUUUGUUACAUUAAAUACUCCUAGAGAGUUUCAAGGUAUCAGAGGAGGAACCCAUGCAAUUAGGGGUUGCCAAACUCUCUGAUGCUGAAAAAUUGUAUAGGAGAAAGGAGGGACUUUGCCUAUACUGUGGUAAGAAGGGUCAUAUGCUACAAGAAUGUCCUGUGCUUCCGGAAAACUAUCGCACCUAAGGCCAUAUAGGGGACUGGCCUUGGGUGUGAUAUCUAAGUCCCCAAAAUUGCCUCUUAAUCGACUACUUCUCCCUGUGUCUCUGCAUCUGGAGAAUAAUUGCAUAGCAAGAAACAUACUAGCCCUGGUUGAAUCCGGGGCAGCUGAGAAUUUCAUAGACUCUAGUUUUGUUAGCAAAAACAAAAUACCCAUUAGAGAGAAGAAAACACCCAUGGCCGUUGAGGCCAUAGAUGGUAGACCAUUAUGCUCCCCAGUUAUCACACAUGAAACUGAACCGUUGCAUAUGUAUACAGGGAUGUUACACUCAGAAACCAUUCAGUUUCAGGUCACCACCUCUCCUUCCUCUCACAAUCCCAUUUUUGACUGGGAGUCAGGACAAAUAGUAUCUUGGAGUGAAACCUGCCAAGAGUCUUGUAUAAUUAAAAUCACCCCUUUGAAUUCUAUUAAUGUUCCUACUACUCCUCCUUUGUCUACUAUUAUACCUCCUCAGUACAUGUGUCUUAAGUCUGUCUUCGAUAAGAGGGUGGCUGAAAAAUUACCGCCUCAUAGACCAUACGAUUGUGCUAUUGAUAUAUUGACUGGCACUAUACCUCCCAAAGGCAGGGUGUAUCCUUUGUCUCCACAAGAAAAUCUUGUCAUGGAUGAAUAUAUUAAAGAAUCUCUACAAAAGGGAUUUAUAAGGAGAUCCUCUUCUCCGGCAGGGGCAGGGUUCUUCUUUGUAUCAAAGAAGGAGGGCGAUUUAAGAGCUUGUAUUGAUUAUAGGGGCCUAAAUAAAAUCACUAUAAAAAAUGCUUACCCUAUACCAUUAAUCACGGAAUUAUUCAACAGGCUUAAACAAGCUACUGUGUUUACUAAAUUGCACCUUAGAAGUGCAUACAAUCUCAUACGUAUAAAAAAGGGCCAUGAGUGGAAAACUGCAUUCAAUACUAGGAGUGGUCAUUACGAAUAUACUGUGAUGCCAUUCGGUCUUUGUAACGCCCCAGCAGUGUUUCAAGAAUUUAUUAAUGACGUCUUACGAGAGUUCAUUCACUCAUUUGUGAUAGUGUACUUGGACGACAUAUUAAUAUAUUCAACAGAUUUACAUACCCAACACAUGCAUGUUAAAACAGUCUUGAAAACCCUUCUUGUUAAUGGUCUUUAUUGUAAACUAGAAAAAUGUUUUUUUGACCAAUCCGAAGUACAGUUUUUAGGUUAUGUAAUUUCUGCUAAGGUUUUUCGUAUGGAUCCCCAGAAGCUUUCUGCUGUCAUGGAAUGGUCUUUACCUCAGGGACUGAAAGCCAUUCAGCGUUUUCUUGGGUUUUUUAACUAUUAUAGACGCUUUAUUAAAGGAUUUUCUUCUAUUGUAGCGCCUAUAACACGCAUGACUAAAAAGGAUGGCAAUACUCGUGUCUGGUCCCCAGAGGUGCUUGAGGCCUUUGAAUUUGAUGCUUCGGAUAUUGGGGUAGGUGCUGUCUUAUCUCAAAGAGAAUCACCUGAUAAGCCAUUACAUCCUUGUGGCUUCUUUUCCAAACAGAUGUCCAAAGCCGUAAAGAACUAUGACAUAGGCAAUCGAGAACUCCUUGCUAUUGUUUUAGCACUCAAGGAGUGGAGACAUCUUUUAGAAGGUACUAAGGACCCCAUCCUCAUUUUUACGGAUCCCAAAAACCUUUCCUACCUUAGUGAAGCCAAAAGAUUGUCUUCUAGGCAUGCCAGGUGGUCACUGUUCUUAUCUCAUUUCAAUUAUAUCAUCACCUACAGACCAGGUGAUCGUAACACUAAAGCUGAUGCUCUGUCUAGACAAUUUGAAACUACCAAUAAACAAGAGUUUGAUAAUAACCCUGUCAUUCCCCCGGACAGAAUAAUAGCUACUACGGUUCUAUCUAUUUCUUCUUCACUCUUACAAGUUAUACAGGCUAAACAAAACAUGACACCCAGUGAGAAACCUACUGAUAAUCUGUUUGUUGAUGUUCCCGAAAGACGGGACAUUAUGUCGUUAUAUCAUGACGCCAAAACUGCUGGACAUCCUGGUGUUUCUAAAACCUUAACAGCAGUUUCUAGAUAUUUUGUGGGCUUCCUUACGCAAGGAUAUCACCGAUUACGUUUGGGCCUGUACUACUUGUGCCAGUAUGAAGUCUUCUCAUAGAGUUCCUUGUGGGUUGUUGCACCCGUUGCCCAUACCCGAGAGGCCUUGGUCCAAUCUAUCCAUGGAUUUCAUUGUAGAAUUGCCUCCUUCGAAUGGCAAAACAGUCAUCCUGAUGAUAGUGGAUCGAUUUUCUAAGAUGGCUCAUUUUGUGUCUCUUGUCAAAUUGCCCUCAUCCAAGGAACUUGCUAAACAUCUUCGCCAGGGAGGUGUUUCGGUUGCAUGGCAUUCCUAUAUGAAUUGUAUCCGAUAGGGGUAGCCAAUUCAUUUCCAGAUUCUGGAGAGCUUUUUGGUCAGAGAUGGGUAUUUCUCUCUCGUUUUCCUCCGCUUACUACCCCCAGUCUAAUGGAGCUGCUGAACGUGCCAACCAGUCCCUAGAGCAGUAUCUUCGUUGUUUCAUAUCCCACCAUCAGAACAAUUGGGCUGACCUGCUUCCUUGGGCUGAAUUUGCUCGUAAUAACACUGCUCAUGAAUCUUCAGGUAAAAGCCCUUUCUACUUGUUUAUGGCCGGCAUCCUGUUGUUCUUCAAGCUGCAUUCUCCUUACGGGGCAUGCCAGCUCUGGAUGAACAUUUGGCUGGUUUACGUACUACUUGGGAGCAGGUUCAGCGUUCUUUGGUGGACUCUGCUGCUUGCCAAAAGGUUCAAGCUGACAAACAUCGCAGGGCGGCUCCGUCCUAUGUUGUGGGGGACAGGGUUUGGCUUUCCACUCGCAAUAUCCGCCUUCGUGUGCAUUCUAUGAAGUUGGCCCCCCGUUUUAUUGGUCCUUUCCGUAUUUUGCAUAGAGUUAAUCCUGUUUCAUAUGCCUUGGAUCUUCCUAAGAACCUGCGUAUUCCUAACGUCUUUCACACCUCCUUGUUGAAACCCCUCCUGUGUAACCGCUAUACCCAGCAUGUUCCUCCUCCUCCUCCUGUUUCUGUGGAGGGUCAUGAGGAAUUCAGGGUACUGUAGCGGUACUUACCUUACCUGGGUGCCGGCCGAGGUCCUCACUUACCGCCGCGCGCGGCUCUCGAAUAAAGGCGGGCACGGACCGCGAGAUGCGGCCACGUGUCCCGUCUAGCUCUAAGAGUAUGCCGCGCGUCUCGGGCACGCUCUUAAAGGGGCAGUGGGAGCCAAAAGAUGAAAUAUGCUCCCAUUGGCCCCUGUCAUCCUACAUUCCCCAGACACUCACAUUUUGGGGGCAUGGAUAUGACAGGGGCCAAUCAAAGUAAAGUUUAGGGUAUUUAUACUUACCUCUCCCUUACUCCCUGCCCUAUCGUGGUUUCUGUUUCAGUUGCCUUUAGCGCUUGUUGUGUUCAGUUGUGAUUUUCAUGCUUGACCUUGGCUUUGUAUCUGACUCCGUUUAUCUCUCUAUCCCUGUUUUUUCUUGUUUGCCGGCUUACUGACUACUGUGUACCAGACCUUGGCUAGUCUUUGUUCUCUUGACCUCGGCUUGUUCUUGACUCUGUCUAUUCUCUGCUAUAUCGCGAGUCCAGCCAUUCUAAGGUCCGGUAAGUCUUAUCUGCUCUAUCUGUCGAUUGUUGAACUAAAUCUUGCGUGUAGGGGUAAACUACCGUGACAUUACUGCCCUAUUUUACCACUGCAAUUUGCCUCCGGGAUCCUUGAAAGAGUUGUGUAUGAGAGAUUGACAGACUUCUAAUCCAACUCUCUGCUUGACCCGCUUCAGUCUGGAUUCCACGCUUGUUACUCUGCUAAUCGCUGCUAAGUCUUGCGGCCACUACUCUAUCCUAAUUCUCCUUGAUCUUUCUGCUGCCUUUGACACUGUUGAUCAUCAACAGCUUCUUUUCAUUCUCCGAAACCUCGGUCUCUGGGAUACUGCUCUCUCCUGGUGCUCCUCCUACCUCACCCAGUGCUCUUUCAGUGUAAUUCUCUGGCUCUUCUACCCACCUCCUCUCUGUUGGUGUUCACCAAGGUUCUGUCCUUGGUCCCUUACUGUUCUCUAUCUAUACUGCCUCACUUGGUGAAUUCAGAAGCUUCUUUGACUUCCAUUAUCAUUUAUAUGCGGAUGACACGCAAAUCUACCUGUCUUCUCCUGAUCUCUCUCCACCCAUCUUGACUCGUGUCUCUGACCGCCUUACCGCGACUUCCAACUGCAUGGCUGCUCACUUCCUUAAACUCAACCUGUCCAAAAUAGAACUUCUGGUGUUUCCUCCCUCAAGUGUUGCUACUCCUGUGUCUGUCUCCCUCCAAGUCAAUGGCGUUACCAUCAUCUCUACCUUGCAGACUCGCUACCUAGAUGUUCUCUUUGACUCCGACCUCUUCUUCACCCCUCAUGUCCAGUCGAUCGCCAAAUCCUGCCGCUUCCAUCUCAAAAACAUAGCUCGCUUCCGCCCCUAUUUAACAGCGGACGCAGCUAAGGUACUGGUCUAUGCCAUUAUUCUCUCUCGCAUUUACUACUGUAAUCCCUUCUGAGUGGUCUUAGGUGUUCCCAGCUUGCACCAUUGCAAUCUAUAAUAGAUGCAGCAGCGAGGCUCAUCUUUCUGUCUGCCCACACCACCUAUGCCUCCACCCUCUGUCAGUCGCUUGGCAGUACAUUGGCUUCCUGUAAGGUAUAGGACUCAAUUUAAGAUUGCUUACAAGUCUCUACACAAUGCUGCUAUAACGUACCUGUCCUCCCUAAUACACAAAUGUCCUGUCUAGGCCUAUGCGCUCUGCAGAAGACCUACGUCUAUCCUUUGUCCGUACUCCCACAUCUGAUGCUCACCUCCAAGACUUCUCUAGGGCUGCACCUUUUCUGUGGAACUCCCUUCCCUUCUCCAUUGAACAUUCACCCAAUCUUCAUUCCUUCAAAAACUCAUUAAAAAUUCACUUCUCCAGGAAAGCAUAUCAAUGAAACGGUCAACAGCUUUUCAUCCCUGCACCCUAACUCCUCUCCUGCAACUGUCAAAAAUAACCUACUGAGCACUCAUUGAAUACUUUUCUAGCAAUCUACUUUGAUAUCCAUACUUUUAACUUUUGUGUCACUAUACCCCACUCCCUCAAGCAUGUAAGAUCAUUGAGCAGGGCCCUCAACGCCUCUGUUCCCUGUGCGUCCAACUUGUCUGGUUACAAAUACUUGUCUGUUAGUCCACCCAUUGUACAGUGCUAAUGAACUUGCUGGUGCUAUGUAAAUAAUAAUAAUAAUAAUAGACAGUUAUGUAAAUACUGCCUUUUCUCUGAAAAGGCAGAGUUUACAUUAAAGUGCAUUAAAAAGCCUGCAGGGACAGGCUAUGGACAACAUAACAAAUACAUUAAGCUGUAGUUGUUCUGGUGACUUUAGUGUCCCUUUAAAUUUGGAAUUCACUUUGAGUUUUCACUUUAGAGAAUAACCCUGUUGACCUAAAACUCAAGUACAGUGACAGCUGUAUUUCAUGUAUUUCAGGAAAUAAUCCUGCUUAGACUACACAAUGGUGCUAAGGGGUAAUAUAUAUUCACCUUUAGUUUGUUUUUCUGGACUAACCAGUAUACUGACUGGCACAGAACACACCCGGGUAACGCCUACCAAAUUCUUUUCCAAAUAAUCUAUUGUCCCAAGCAGAAUAAAUUGCAAUCUAUUUAAUUGCUUAGUUCCUGGCACCCUACAUUACAAUACUAAGAUGUACGGUAGCAGUGUGAUGAGUUGGCCCUUUUCUAGAUCUUGUUCUGUCAUUAGAGGAUUCUGUCACUCUGUUCAAUCGCUAAAAACAAGAUGAGCACAUAAUAUUUUGUCAGGCGUUUACUAGAAGGGUAUCCAGAGUUACCCUUGAAAGUAAACUAGAUUCGAGUCCUCAAGAAGUUCUAGACUCUGUUGCCAUAGCACCAGUCAAUGUGCAAAUGUUGAAACGUGCAAACAUGAAAUAAUGUAUUAUGUUAAAAAAUUAAUCGAGGCUUAGGUGUCUGUCACAGAGCAGUGAUGGAGACCCUUAAAUGUGCCCCAGUGCCUUUUAUAGAAACCUAAUUCUCCAUGGGUCUGCAGGCCAUUUUUAAUUUAAUUCUUGUUGGAUUUGGUCCAGUGGCUGCGGCCUGUAGGAAGGGUGCUGGAUGUAGUGCAGCUGAGUGGACUAUGGAUACACCGAGAGCACACAGCUAGUUACAUGGCUCAGUGAAUACACCCAGUUCUAAGUUAAAAAAAUAUAUUUAUGUUUGGAAUGUUUGUUCAUCUAUUACUAAUCUGCACACCCAGGCUUUUUAUUAUAAUACAGGGGUCCUCAAACUCCAGCCCUCCAGAGGAUGCUGAACUACAACUCCCAUGAUUCUCUGGCUGUGUAAUUCAAAGAAUCAUGGGAGUUGUAGUUCAGCAACAUCUGGGGGGGCCGGAGUUUGAGGACCCCUGUUCUAAUAUAUACACAGUUUAGGAGCCCAUAAUGUCUAUAAGUAUGCAACCCAUUGUUAUUAAAGGAAUCACUACAGCGCAUGCAGUGCUUACAGUGCUCGGAGUGUUCUUUAACCCCUACUGCUUUAUCCUUCUGUAUAGUAAUAUACUAUGAUGUCCAUGGCUGGCCCAGCCUCAGUCCGCCUCCUGAUAGGCUGCAGCGUAUGUCAGUCUCAGUCUGAUAAGCCCCUGCCUGGCUUGGAGAGGGAGGGAGAGUUGGCCAAUCACUUGCAGACUGGACUUCAUACUGCCUGUGACUAUUGGUGUAGUGUGUGCAGGAUGCUGACGUCACGGGGAAGUUAAAGUGUUGCUGGUGGCUUGUAAGUGUUGCAGUGUGUGAGCUGCCAGACAGGGAAGGUGAGUGUUUGCUAUAAUUCCAUGGAAUGCAUGCUGUAUUAUCCUGGGGGUUUAUUAUAUCUGGGCUGUUUGCUCCCUAAUGGCACAUGAUGAUUAUAAUAUAGCUAGCCAGUGUGGGAGACAUUGCUUGCUCUCUGUACUUUAGGUUUUAGCUUAAGCCUGUGUGUCUUUGAGCUUACCCUGCAAUAGCUGUGACCAUUACCACUGCUGCUGUUUAUGUACAUGGUAUUUCAGAAAUCUUCAGCUCUGAAGGGGUUAAAAUAGACUGUUUCUCUAUGUACCUUCGGUGGGAGUCCAUAACAACAGCUGAAUCCAUUUCCCUGACUCCUUUCUGGUGGUAUGUAGCACAGGGGUGGUUGGUUACAUUGCUAUGUGAUUUCCUUACAUGAAAGGGAGGGGGGUCGAUGUGUUUUUUGGUCGGUUUUGCACAUUGCAACACAAACUAUCCAAUCUUCUGAUAGUACGCAUCCUUAAAAGAUCUGUCAACAGCUGCGGUCAGAGAUAUUAAUAAUUUAAAAUUAAGUUUUUAGUAUGUACCGGUGAUCCAUAAUCUAAAAUAUAUAUUUAAAAAAUUUUUUAGGCCACCUUUUUGCUUUGUACGUUAUUUUCUUGCACACUGUAUUAAUCUCCUUAUGAGGAUCUAGACCCCUCCGAUCUGUCUUGCCGUGUGUCAGCUACCCCAUUCCCAUAGUUGUCAUGGCCAGUAGCUGAACCCCUAUCAGUUGGCACUGUGAAGGUGGCAGACACUGCAGUAAAUUUUGCAGAUAGCGGAUACUUAGUAACUGCUGUGCUUUGCUCUGCAGGAUGUAGACUGUAUAUUAUCUCUUUGUGUCAGCAGAACUAGGAAUUCCUGUGGCUAGGUCUCUCCUAACAUAGCCCUUUCCUCAAACAGUGCAAGCCUUGUCUUUUCACUUAGCAUGUGCAUUGCAGCAGGUAAAGUGGGCAGUUGUGUAUGUAUAGUAGUUGACCAAAACCUUAACGUUUUUGCCACUUCAUAUUAAUUAAAUCUUCUGCAGUGCAGGAUUUUUGUGAGUACCAGCUUUUUGCAGAAUACUUAAAUACUCUCCCCAUGAAGGGGUUCAGGCUGGAUCACGUUAUAAGUUUAAGGGGAGGGGGUGGGGGAAAGGAUGGAUCAGAUGAUGAUCUCUGCAUUAUGGGUCCAUUUUUGAAAAAUGUUGUUGUAUGGUUUUUCUCUUGCCACUGUUGUAUAAACUAUUUGAGUUGUCACUUAAAGAAUGCUGUUUCGAAAUACUUUCAAAUGUGAGGGGAACAAAAAUAGUCAGAUCGUGAAGCAUUUUGUAGUUAUUGUAUUUAAGCAAGUUUUUGCAGCAUUAAAUAAUUUUUUUUAUAUAUAUAUAAUACAUAUUUCUAUAAAACAUUCUAAACUGACUUGUCUUUCAAAAAUUUAUAAUGUUCUGUUCUAUUAAAUAUGUAUAUUGUGAGCUUUAAAAUGUAUAAAUGGAAGUAAUUCACUUCUCUUUAACCUGAAACCAGGUACCUCAUCCUUGGUACCCUGUGAAUCAUACUAUUUUUUUAUUUAUUUAUUUAUUUUUAUUAUUAUUUUUUUUUUUUAACCUCUGUCUUUACACCUGACUUCAUAGGAAGAUAAAGUAAAGUGUUUGUUUUUCCUAUUCAUUAGCAAUGUGUACCCAGGAUUGUGAUGUAACUUGCGAAAUCUUUUAAAGGAAAAUGCAAAGCACCAUAACUGCUACAGCAUGUUGUGAUGGUUAUUGUGUAGUGUUCCUUUUAAAAGAUGUAUUUUUAAAAGUAAACAGAACUUCAGUGGGAAAAGGUGAACACCUGUUUAUAGAUGACUUUCAGUGCUGUAAGUGACCACCUUUCAGCCAAGUGGGGUAUAUGGCCAUCUGUGAAUUAAACUGUCUGUGCUUGUUUGCGGCAAUGCGUUACAUACCAUUGCUUGUGUAUACCUAUAUAAUAAUGGGUCUGAAUCUAGCCCUCAAGGCCCCCAUUGGUGUAGAUUAUAGCAAUAUAUAGAUAUGUGAUAACACAGAAAAUCAUUGUGCAUACAUUUCAGUGGCUAAAAGUAGCAAAUUCAAGCUUGCUCAUUAUCACAUACAUAUAUUCUAAAUUUAACUGUUCUUAAUGUCUGAGAGUAACAAGUAGAAACAAACAUAGGGGUUUGGCAAAACAUGAUUCAACUUUGGGCUCUUGAGAACCAGCCCCUUUAUCGAAAGCUAAAGGGACUGUUUGGUCUAUAUAGUGCAGGGUUGCCCAAAAGGUAGCUCCCCAGAUGUUUUAAAACUACAGCUUUCAUGAUGCUUUGUCAUUCUAAAGCAUCAUUGGGAGUUUGAGUUCUUACAUCUGGGGAUCUACCUUUUGGGCACCCCUAAUAUAGUCGUAGAUCAUCUUAUAAUUGCCGUCUUCUUCUUGCAUGUGAAAUCCCAACAUUCUAGCUGAAGAUUACUUGCUUACAGUGCUUUAGAAUCACUUUAGAGAUCUGCUCUACAUUCCAAAUAAUCUUUAUCUGUUUUUUUUGUUUGUUUGUUUUUGGUUUUUUUUUUUUAGGAAGAAGAUGCCAUGGUGUAACUCUGCAAGUUUUCCCUCUUGCUCACAUUUGAAUUCUUUUCUCAAUCCCUAAUUAUCAAAGUAGAAGUAAAUCACAAGUUAAUUACUUAACUGCUUACUUCCUGACUUUCUACAUUUUUAUACUUUGGUUGUACAUUGCUUCCAUACGGUGUCAAUGUUUCAGAUCUCUUCCUGGCUGAUUCUUUGUGUUCUGUGAGAUCAUUUGAGGAUUCCAGUACUCCAUAAUUUUGUCACACUGGGUACUUAAUGGGGAGCACUUCUAUCUGUUCAUUCUUCAUAGUCAAGGGGGGCGCAGACUAUUUUGUAGGCCUCUCCUUGAAGCGGUGGCCACUAUCCCCUCAAAGGGAAAUUUAUUUGUUAACAUCAGGAAAAUCUAGAGAUUGCUGUCAUGGCUCCUGUCACUGAGCAAAUGGAUGAGUGUGCAAGUAAUGGGGUAGCUCAUCAUGUUCUAGAAAGCCACCAAGUCUUGGAUGUGGAGCACAGCCCACUAAUGGCAAUACCUGGUUUUGUGGGGCCUAAAGAAACUCAGCUAAUUGGCUUGGGAUCCCGUGCAAAUACCAAAGGUGUACAGGAGGAGGAUGCCUUGCUGGAAAAUGGAAGCCAGAGCACAGAAGGUGAUGACCACACCGUGGACCCAGCUUCUGAAAUAGUAGCCCCUCUUAAAGAGACCUCAUUCUCCAUAGGUCUGCAGGUCCUCUUUCCUUUUCUCCUUGCUGGAUUUGGCACUGUGGCAGCUGGAAUGGUUCUGGAUGUAGUGCAGGUGAGUGGAAGUAAUCUAUCACUUUAAGCUCUUAAGCUUCUUGGCACCGUGUGAUAAUACUGAGAAAACACUGCUUGUUUAAGAAGUAAUGGCAGCAGAACUGUUUCUUGGUAUAACUGGUAUUAACAGCUGAACUCUGUUCCUGUGCGUCAAACUUGUCUGGUUGCAAUUACAUGUUUGUUUAAAAAAUAUUUUUUUUAAUUAUUUAUAUAUAAUUGUGUAUUUUGUAAUAUGGGAUGGGAGUCUUUGUAAGGGGUCUGAUCUAAAACAACCAGUUGUGUAUGUAAGUAAAUUGCUGGUCUGCCAUAGCUUUCUAGUGAAGAAUUUAGUAUGUGUGUUUAUUUUUAUGUCAUUUAUUAAGAGUUCAUAGGAGGCCUUUUGAAGCAAAAUAAACUGGCAUUUGGUAUACAAUAUCUGGUAUUUGCCUACCUCAGGUUUCAUUUAGGCAUGUUUACGAGCUUAGAACACACACUCACACAUUCUUGGCACAAAUGUGAUUUUGUUCACCGCUAGUAUGGACCAUGUAGGUAGUACCAGCUCCGCAAGCAUGGAAGUUAUUGUGGCAUGCAAGCUGUCAUCUGAGAAAGCUUAAGUAUAGACCUCAAUGGGUGCCAUCUUGGUAGUUUUUGGCCCACAGGUCUGUUUCAGGAAAGUUUCAUUAUCAUGGGGCCCAGAGCGCAUAUCUGAGUUUUACUUUUUAGAUUUCUUCCAUAUCUAUUAUGAAGUAAAUAGGACCACAAACCAGGACUGUAGGUGGCUGACUUUUCAACAGAAAUACUGCCAGAUUCUACCGUUCAGAACAGAGCUAAGAGUGCGUGCGUCUCACUCACACACAUACUAUGUUUGCAUCUAUUAAAAAAACAGAAAAUUUACAUACAGUGUGUAUGUAUAUUUAGCGGGUGUGGUUUUUUUUUUUUUUUUUAAAUGUUUUCCUGUCUGCGGGGAUCCGAGCAUUAUUAAACAUUUGGAGGGCUCCCGUUUCUUCCUUAAACCUGGCAUGCCUGUACCAUAAACUGUUACAGUGCACUCCAACCGACUGCAGUUCAAUUAGGGGGAGAUAUUUCCACAGGCACGUACUGCAUCAUUAACAAUCACAGCUGUAGCCCACUAGUUGGGAUCUGCUGAUUGUAUCUGUACGACCACAACUAGUAAGCUAAAAGAAAUGUGGAGCUGUAGUUUUCUAUUUAAGGUACGUUGUCAACAAGUUAUUUCAGAAGUAAACCGCCCCAUUCUACAUAACACAAAUUUUAUGCUGAAUAGCUUUCAAUAAUUGAUUUCAUUAAUCCAAAAUUAAAGGGUUACUCCACAACCACUUCAGCAAUCAGGUGUGUCUCUCUGUCUCUCUGUCUCUCUGUCUCUCUGUCUCUCUGUCUCUCUGUCUCUCUGUCUCUCUGUCUCUCUGUCUCUCUGUCUCUCUGUCUCUCUGUCUGUCAGGACCGAAGUAAAAGGGGCAAACCAUUGUAAAUGGUUGGAGUAAUUCUCUAAUUGAAUGUGUCUGCUGAGAUAGCAUGCACUUUCAUAGCAAAACAAAAUUCUAUAAAAUAAAUACAAAGUUCUGAAAGACCUUUUUGUUAAUACCAUUUUUCUGUAAAUAUAUGUAUACUUAAAAAAACAAACCCCUAACUUUACUGCUUUUAAAGUAGACUUGAUUUAAAUCCAGUUCAUCCUGCUAGAAAAGUAGGUGUAUGUUGGUCUUAUACCGUGUUCAUGGGCACUCUUGGUAAACUGAUAUUAACCAGCAACAAGCUUGCUGACAUUUUGGAGUCUGUCAUAUUUGUCAUCAAUUAUUAACGUGCUGAUUUCAGUAUCUUUAAAAAAAAAAACUAAAUUCUGUGGAGUGUUCUUUUAGUAACUACUCUUGGCAGUGACUUUCCAGAUAAGCUGUUCCUGAUCUGUACCUUCCUUUUUAACUGCCCUACCCUCCUCCUCAUUCUAGAAUACUAUCUCUUGGAAGAAAUCUGAGCCUUCUUCUAAAUUGCGAGAGAUGACAGGGCAGUGGGCUCUGUCAGUUUAGAAACAGACUGAAAUAACCUUUGUAAUCCAAGGCACUAUUCGUGAAAGGUUGCGUUUCUCGCUAUACGUUUUAUGAACCGUGCAGUUUUAUCUUAGAAGUGGACAUUUUACACAAGUAUAUAACAAGAGACAUACCAGGCUUGAGUUUACAAACUGUGGUUUAUUUUUUUUUUAUUUCUUUAUUUUUUUCCCCUCAUUUUAGUUGGUUAUUUAGAGCGAACAUCUUCCAUAGCGCACUAUAAGUUUUCUCUGUGAUUAUUGAAACCUUCAAAAGGUAAAGAAGACUCAAACAAGCCAUAAUUGCAGGGAUGCAAACACGUUUUAUAAAAAAAAGUCCCAAUUCAUCAAAUUAUUACAUGGUUACAUAGCUGAAAUGAGACUUGCGUCCAAGUUCAGCCUUCCUCACAUUUGUUUUUUGCUGUUGAUCCAAAAGAAGGCAAAAAAAAAAAGGUUUGGAACAAACUAGGGAAAAAGAAAUUCCUUCUUGACCCCAGAAUGGCAGUCAGAUUUAUCCUUGGAUCAAGCAGUUAUUACCCUACACUUAAGACAGUUAUGAUGUAAUAUACCACCCUGCACAAUUUGGGCAUAAACAAAGUUACGGCAGCAUGGUACGUCAUUGCAUUCGGCAGACACUCAGGAGAUCAAUACUUGCCUUGCCCUGCAAUCCCGAUUUGUGGGAUAUAUAUAUAUAUAUAUAUAUAUAAUUUUUUUUUUCUUUCAAUAAUCUUUUUAUUUUUUGCCAUGAAAAUCAGGUUUAAAAAAAAAAAAAUGAAUAUGCCCUUUACCUGUGUCUAUCUAAACUAACUGAUCUACAUAACCUAAACUUGACCCCACUCUUUAGUGUCCAGCAAUGGACAAUGACCGCACUGGCUAUAAUGUGUAUUGCACAAAAAUUAGUAACUUACAAAUUGUCCCUGCUCUACCACCAUUUCAAUCAGUGGGUUAGGGCAAUAUAUUGCUGGAAAUCUAAUGGCUGCACCUACAGUGGUGUACACAAAAUGUUAAAGACAAACUAUAUGGAGACUCUUAAUCAAACACCCACAAACCUAUAUCCGAGCUAUGUUGGAUAAUGUUACAGUAAACCUGGUAAGGCAGCUUGGACUGGAUCUUCAUGCAUCAGGCUGACUUAUUGGAAACAUUCGUCUGUAACCACGGGAGAAGUUAUUCCUCUUAGUGGCCUUUAACACUUUCAGCCUCUAGACUGCGCAAUGUCCUGUAUUUCAGCCCUGGAAUGUGCUAUGCACACUGUCACAUGGCCAUUCUUAUAGUUUGUUUGGAAGCUAUUCCUAUCCUAUAAUUGGAUGUUACUGACAGAACAACAUUGUGGCAGUUCUUUGGGCAUGCUAUUUUCCUGCAUGACCCCUUUUAAUUGUAAUUCUACCUCCUUUUAGAAGACCAUUUUAUGCUUCGAUCACAAGUUUGUGUAGUCCGCUGAUACCCUACGCUAAAAGCGGCAAAAGUCCAAAAUAGCUAUUGCAAACCGUAAAUGACAAGUAGCAUGAAAUAAAGAUUUUUCAUUUUGUUUAGUGUUGACCUUUUGUUCCAACUUUCAAUUUAAAACUUGACUAACCUGUUUUAGAGGGGUCUCCAGGUCCUAAAGUUAGUAAGGUUUACUAUAGAAAGGACAAGUUUUUGGUACACUUGAAUGGGUCACAUGAUUUUUUUUUGAAUGGAAUAAGUGUGAGUAAUAACACAAUAUACUGUAUUUUUAUUCUGCUCCCUGACAAAGUAAGGUUAAGAACUGGUCUAGUUGUUUUCAAUUCUAAGAUUAUUUUUGGAAGUUUGUGGCUUCACUGGUUGUCUGUGUACGUUUCAGGAAGAAGGGAUUUAGCCAUACUCUUUAAUUUCCUUGUGGUUGAACUUCUCUUCCUUGGCUUCAUGCCUUCACCCUUCUGCCAGGGAAGGGGUGAGGGGAACUCUGUAAUCUAGGCCUUACUGUUUUCUCUGGGUGUCUACUUUAUCAAACUGAACACCAUUUUGAAAACAAAUGCCUUCUAAUAAAAUGACACCCAUAGUGAGUUUAACUUUAUAAUGCGUUGAUCUUGUAACUGAAAAUGGUUGGCGCAAGGGCAUCAUAUGUAUUGCGUCCUAGUCUCAGCCAUAAGAAGUUAAUUGAUGUAGCAGCACUGCUUACCACAUUUCAGUUAAAGCUGUUUGUAAUGUUGAAAGCGUCUAAUGAAGGGGAUUUUCUGAAGUGCAAGAGAGAUCUAUAUCGAGGCAAAAGUAGGUGCUAGCAUGGCUCACAGGGCUUUCUCUACACUAUCUUGUGUGUAUGUGUUUUACCUGGAAUCCAGUGCUGGGCAAAGUUCCCAGCGCUACCUUCUACGCUUUGUCAUUGUUUAAGUCCAAUUAAAUGAUUCUCGUACAGAAGUUUUUGAUUGCACCACUAUUAUGUGCGUUCUCUGAGGCAGGAAGGGGAGGGUAUUUAUAAUUUAAUACAAAGAGGUAGGCUGGACUGCUCAGAGUAAACAGUCACAUGUGCAGCGUGUGUAUUUUGCCCCCAGUACACAAGUGCAAGUAUCUCUGUAUGUUCAAGCAGAAAUGCUGCACAUACUAACUUCUAUUGCCAUGUAAGUUGAUGGUACUGUUGUCAACCCGUCCUUACAAGCUCGCUGUCUUGGUGUUCUCUUUGAUUUUGGCCUCGCCUCUUCAUCUCAUGUCAUCUUUGUCAAAACAAACUUGUUUUCCUGGCACUAUAGGUCUUUAGGUGCCCCCCUCCCGCUGGGCGGAAGGGGUUAAAACCCCUUCAGCCACUUACCUUUCUCCAGCGCCGGUUACCUCUCCUCCCCUGUCGACGUCAGAUCCACAUGCGCAGCAAGAGCCGCGAGCCCAUUCAAACCGCCCAUAGGAAAGCAUUACUCAAUGCUUUCCUAUGGACGUCCAGCGUCUUAUCACUGUGAUUUUUCCACAGAGAGAAUCGCGGAAGCACCUCUAGCGGCUGUCGGUGAGACAGCCACUAGAGGCUGGAUUAGCCCUCAGUGAAACACAGCAGUUUCUUUGAAACUGCUGUGUUUUCAGUUACAGGGUUAAAACUAGAGGGACCGCACCCAGACCACUUCAUUGAGCUGAAGUGGUCUGGGUGCCUACUGUGGUCCUUUUUAAGUGAAGAGGCUUGUUCAUGCUCUAAUAUCACAUUGAUUAAUGUAGUUCUCUCCUUACUGUUAAUUUGUGCCUGAGGGUUUGGUGUGGGGGUGGUUUUUUUUUUUUUUUUUUUUCCUCUCCAGAAACACUGUAGUGUCUAUAGCCAUUCCCUUUAGGCUCUUCAAUGUAAACAUUGCCUUUUCAGGGAAAAUACAUUAUUUAAAUUGCUGCCUAGUAACACCUCAAGUGGCCGUCUCUCAAGGCGCUAGAGGUGCUUACUAGUCCAGUACUGUGCAGCACCUAUGUCAUCGCUCUGCUCUCUGUCGCGCACUGUUUAGUAUGCUGGGGGUGAAAUGACUUCACAUUUCAGCUCCCGGCAUCACUGCAGGGUGCGCAAUAGAGCAUUUCAGGGAGAUGACAGUUCACUCCAUUUCACAAACCGACUGGAAGCCAGACUCUGCUCUCCCACAACACCGACCGCAUGCCUGCUGCUCUCAAAGCUUCAGGCCGACAGAUCCCAGGCGAGAAUUUGUUGAGCCUUGAUUUUAAGAAGUCCCUUAAAACCAUUUCUUCAGAAAAGCUUAUGGCCUCCCAGAGUAACUUCUGUUUCACAAAACACUCAUGGAAAGCUGUAGAAAAUAAUUUGACUUUCCAAAUUAAAAUGGAAAAAGCUACAUGCGUGUGUUUUUGUAAAUGCAAACAAAAAUUUUAAAUCUGUGUUGAUGGGGAGGGGGUGUAAGAAGAUGACUGAUGUUCCCUGCGCACUAGAUUAACUGGUGGUUUUAGGUUGUGGGAUCUGGUCUCUGAAAUUAACUUUCUAGAGCAGAGGUCAAACAGUCUCUGGACUAUUGGGAGUCCAAGUCGAACUUCAGAUAUCAGCUAGUACAAACCGAGCGGUGACUGUAGGUAGUAAGGGAUAACCCUCAUUUUAAACUUUGCAGCACUUGGUUUUCUGAGAUCACUUCCUCUAUCUCUCAGCACAAGAAUCCACACUGAAGUAGAGCAGCUCCCGCCUUUUACCUGUACCUGGCCACUGUCCCCAGUGGACUACGGGGAAGCCUCUCAUACGGCUGGAUAUAUAUUUUCACACUUAUACAAUAUAACUGACCACACACGCACAAAUACAAUGCUGCAAAGCAACUGCAGCACCCAUGCAUAGUACAGCAAUAUACAAACCUCAAUUUAAAAAAAUAAAUAAAAAAAUUCGGACUGGCACACCAAGGGACUUCAAGAUAUUGUUUUGGCGCAGUAUUACAAAAAGGUUGCCUACCCCUGUUCUAGAGGUUCCUUUUAAUAGAGGACAUGUCUAAAGGAUUUCAACAAUGUUAACACACUCAAGUGAAUUUGAAACUUCAGGCCACAGUAGCUGAACUGGGAACAGCUGAUUUAAAUGAUUCCAGUUCAGCUGUUUUAGCUCUUUAAAUUUUAGAUUAAUUUUAAUUCCCCACAAUUCUUAAGUGAAUAACACUGCGUUUUUAGCCAACGCACUAGAUCCCAUCCAAGGCAAUGUAGAUUUUAUUUUAUUUUUUCAUUACCUGAUGCUAUGUAAUAAAAAACAAAACUAUUGCUCAAAAAAAAAAAAAUGCUUCUAACAUAAUUUUUUUUUUCUUGUGUGUGAUGAAAGAGGGACGGAUUGAAACAAGUACCAUUUGAAUUCAUGAAUCUGUUUUUGUUUUUUUUGUUUUUUCUCCUUUCUUGCUCCAGCAUUGGGAUGUCUUCACAGAAGUAACAGAAGUUUUCAUCCUUGUGCCAGCUCUGCUUGGGUUGAAGGGUAACCUGGAAAUGACACUGGCAUCUCGUCUCUCUACUGCCGUGAGUCCCUCAAAAUGUCAUUCUAAGUAAUGUCACGUGAAGAAUAACAUGCCUGUGAUCACUCCUUUUUAAAACAAACUUAUUUUAGAUGUGCUGCGUGACCUUUUCUAUGAAGCACCGGCAUAGCUUUCUUUCUAAUUUCCAGUCUUACAAGUUUUUAAUCACUGUCCCUAUUUGACAAUGACAUUUUUGUUUCUAUACUGCUGUCGAUUGACUGUGACAUGGCAUGUUAACUUUUUUUUUUUUUUUUUUUUUAAUGUUUUGUCCAUUAAGCUUUGCAAGGUAUGUGGGAUUUCUUUUAUUUUUAUUUUCUCUGCUUCCUGUUUGUGUUGGUAUUUGAAACUUUUUGUAAAACGUAUGACUAAUUGAAUAUUUUGGUUCUUGUUCUACAGUAAAGGCUAGUAUUUCUCCAGGCACUGUUGAACAACAAUUUCCAUGAUCCUUGGUUAGGCUGUGGCUUGGGGAGGCAAUCUGGCUUAUCUUUCUGCCAGUAGAGCGCUAUAUCCACACUUUCCACCAUCCAAGGAAUUGGAUACAUCGUAGUGUAGUAAGCUUUUCUAUCUUUAUGUCCCACGCAGCAGCAGAAGAGCAAUAGUAUUCUUUAGUCAAACUUUUUUAUUUAUUUAUUUUUUAACUGCUGGUCUUUUUGCAAAAAAAGUUUCAUAAACACAUGGUGCAUAGAGUGCUCUUGGCUCACUCAUGUCAGAGUAUCUUAUAAGUUUUGUAAAUGCUGCUAUAAGACAAGCACACAAAGGCUGACCAUCUGACGUCCUAUAACUUGGUUGUGGGUUGUAUUUGCAUCCAACAUGGGAAACCCCUUUUCUCACUGGAGGAGCCAUGCAGUCCACAACAGAUUUCCCAAUAGUGUUUAAAAAAAACAAAAAAAAAAGACGAGCUCUUUGUCCCCUUUUUCUUUUCUUUUUUAGUUCAAUAAAUUAUUUUAUGUAUUUUCUGUAUUCAGGGUCAAACUUUUUUUCACUCUUUUUAAACAUUUAUUUAAUGUGUACUAUUGUAUAAAAGCAUGUGUUUGCAUCAGGUAACAGAUGAGUAUAACUGACCUUUUCCUGACUCUCCUUGACAUGGGUGAAUCCCUUCAUAUUGCAUUGCCUUGGACCUAAAUUAUGUUUGUGACCCAAAAACUGGACCUUUAUUGCCAGGUUUCAAAAGAUUGUCUAGUCUUUCAGCAUUCUACUUUAGAUAGAUGGGGGGGCAAUGGCUACUAGGUGCACAUGACCAAGCGCAUACUUUCAUGAUGUAGUCCAGACCGCAAAAAGCUUUAGAAUAGAUUAAAGGACCACUUCAGCUUAAUGAAGUGGUCUGGGUGCCAGGUCCAGCUAGGUUUAACCCUUUUUUCUAUAAACAUAGCAGUUUCAGAGAAACUGCUAUGUUUAUAAUCGGGUUAAUCCAGCCUCUAGUGGCUGUCUCACUGUGAUUUUAUAUAUAUAUUUUUUUUAUUUUUUUUACAGUGAGAAGACGCCAGCGUCCAUAGGAAAGCAUUGUGAAUGCUUUCCUAUGGACUGGCUGAAUGCGCGCACUGCUCGUCCACGCAUGCGCAUUCAGCCGAGGAGGAGAGUUCCCCGCCCGGCGCUGGAGAAAGACAAAGGCACAUGUUUGUGCCGAAACGCGCGUUGAGCGUUACUUUUUGAUUACUAUUAAUCUUAUUUAGGAUCAGCUUAUAUUUAGCCUUAUCCAGUAUAUAUCUAGCUUGGUCUAGGGUUCAUUUAUACUAUUUAGGGCUUGCUAUUUAAUCAGUAUUUGUGGUUUAUUUAUAUUACUUUAGGGCUUACUACUAUAGAGGCUUGUUUAUAUACCACUUAGAGCUUACAAUCUAAUCAAGCUAGAUAGCUAUCGACUACGUCCUAGGAGCUUUAGCUAGUUUGCUCUUGAUACGUAGGACUUCUUUCAGAUCUCUCUCAACUUGUUAGGUAGUUUGUUUUACACUAGUCGUCCUUCUGGGCUAUCAAACAGACUCCUUGAGGGAUUUUGCUCGCCCUUUUGGAGUAAUGAGUUUGGAUUAAUCCGAAGGUUUAUCCAUAUCACUAUAGAGGAUUACUCUUACCUCUCUUUACUGUCCGGCCGGACUUAAUAUUUACUUGCACUCCACGUUCUCUCUACCAUCUAUUGAUUUUGGGGGCUGUAUGGGGGUGUCAUAAUCGGGACUGUAGAUACCUUGUCGGUUAGUAUCCAGACUAAUUUAUCGUUCGGGUUUUUCGUUUCUCUAGAAUUGAUGUUGAGCAAUAUUUAAUACUCUCACUAUAUUCUUACUCUGAUUAGGCAGCAACUGCACAUGCAGAUAUUUGUUUUGCUGCGCUAAAAGGGUUUAUUCGGAGUUGUGACGAAGUGCCCUUCGCCACUUGGUCCUGGAGAGGCCUACUUGCCAGCCUCCUCCCCUGUGACUGACUCUUUCAUGUAUCUGGCUUUAAAGCCCCUAGUCUACCUUCAGACAGACUAUUUAUGUAGGCUGCUUUAUUUAUCUUAUGUUUUAGUCACCCUGUACCCAUUAUAGGUGCAGGGUGUGUGUAAUGUAAUUGUUUAUAGUGUGUGUGUGUACUGUGAAAUGUAUUGCCUGCUCUCCUGUACUGCUGAGGUUUGCUACCAACUAGGUGGGUUUGGCUAUGGAGCUUGUCUAGUGCCCUCUGUUGGUAGCAACAGCAAUAUGCACUACCUGAAUUGCAAGACUGGUUCAUUUGCAUAUUCGGGUAGAUUUGCAUAUUGCUAAUUCUGCAGGCAGGUGAGAUAUUUAAUGUUAAAUAUUGUCUCCCCCCACCCCUUUAAAAAUGUGCCAUUGUGUUGUGAUAAGUCACUGUGUGUUGCUUGAUAUGGUUUGACUGUUUGUGAUUUUAUUGAGGUUUCACAACAAUGUUAUUGUGGUGACCCUAUUGGCUGGUCCCAAGGGAAAUAAAGGUUUUGACAGUUCUUCUUGAUCCCUCUAAACGUAGCCUUGUCUCGUUAUUGGAGGGAGCUGUUAUAAUCACACUGGGGAUUGCUAUGCUCUUUAUGCUUCCCUGAGCUUGAGUCACUUAGCUCUUUUAAGAGCUUGUUCCUGACACGCUCUCCUUGGAGGAGGGGUCUUCACCACACAGUCAUGGAUGCUGGAGGUUCAUACUGGGUGGAAGGAAGAGUUCUUUCCCAGACAGUCCUGGAGGACAGAAGCUGAUCCAGGGUGGAAGGAAGACGGCGAGACUCCAGUCAAGAUACAGCAGUUGCGGAGUCUGCGGUGGUUGCGGUGUCUGCUGCAGUGCUUGGAGUCCUCAGGAAGCGCUAGGAGCAUCCGUCAACGGAGGGUACUCGGUCGGAGUACAGGGAGCUCCGUUACAGGAGUCUAUCGUUUUAGUGGUUAUAUGUUGCUUUCUUAUCCCGCUGAUACAAUGUUGCAUACCAGCUGUCAGUAAAUGUUACUAACUAGCUGGCAACGAUUACUUAUAUCAGUUAUCGUUGCAAACAUUCAAAUAGGUCACUAAAUAUGAUCUGAUUAACAUUCUUGCACAAUAGUAGAUGAUCCUAUUUUGUUUUUAAUACACUGUAUAUACACCCGAGUAUUUUCCAAAGUUAUUUUCGUUUUCCCUGUUCCUUAAGAGGGACUAAUAAAGUUUUAUUUAUUUAUUUAUUAGUUCUAUUUAUGCUCCAUGACUAGCAAUUUAUGGCUCUACAAUAACGGAGCAGUCACAUUCAGGGUAUAGAGACUGCAAUUGGGAGCACUUUUUAGUUAACCCAUUCCAGCCUCUUCAUCAAAAUUUAACCACUUCCACCCCCUAGAGCCUGGUGGGAGGGGGGCCCUGAGGGUAGGGGCACCCUCAGGGCACUAUAGUGCCAGGAAAACGAGUUUGUUUUCCUGGCACUAUAGUGGUCCUUUAAUAUUCAGUGCAUGCCACAGGAAAAAACCUCAAACAUGACCAUAAGCACUUUAAAUCAGUUAUGCAGUAUUAAGAGGCUGUAAAAUCCACUCUGGAAUGCCAAUUUACAGGCUCUUGUAUUUAUAUAACUUUUUUUAAUUUUUUUUUUUUAAUUUUACUAGAAACUCCCUCUCGUAUUGUUUGCUUUUGUUAUCUUGUUUAUUAGUUUCAUCAGUAUGACCUGGCCACUUUACCAAGACACUUGGUCGGUGUGUGUGUGUAGCGUUUGUUAGGUUACCAAAGGGUUUCCAUGUUGUGGAUUGAUAUAGGUUUUUACAGUUUUAAUACUUUUGUUUUGAUUAGUGGGCCUUUUAUUUAAGCUAAGAAGUUCCAGAUGCUCGACCAUGGACAUGCAUAGCAUCUGCUGUCAACAUACUCUCAUGCUGACACCAGACAUCAAGUAGAUAGCCACAGGUAAGUUAAACUAUUGAAUCUGUCUCCUUGGCCAGUAGUAGGCAUGGAAAGUGUGUGUGUGUGAUCUAAAUGGGGCCUUGCAAAUGAAAUGGGACAUUUGCAAGGCUGCAGAGGCCGCAUCUAUGCUCCAAAGUAACAUAAGACAUGUCUAUCUUCUGUCUGUACUCCCACCUCUGAUGCUCGCCUUCAAGACUUCUCGAGGGCUGCACCGUUCCUGUUUAACUCACUUCCCUCCUCUGUUAGAUGCUCACCCAGUCUCAGCUCCUUCAAAAAAUCAUUAGCAACCCACUUCUUCAUAAAAGCGUAUCAAUUAAACUGUUAAUAGCUCACGACUGAUUCCUCUCUUGCAGCUGUCAUUAGUCUAAUACUAUCCUUACCUUUUUGUGUCAUUUUACCCCACUCCCUCUAGCAUGUAAGCUCAUUUGAGCAGGGCCCUCAACCCCUCUGUUCCUGUGUCCAACUUGUCUGGUUAGAACUACAUGUUUGUUCGUCCACCCACUGUAAAGUGCUGCGGAAUUUGAUGGCGCUAUGUAAAUAGUAACAUAAUAAUAUGAAGUGAUUUUGGUGCCUGGAAUGUAUCUUACCACUUUUAGUGUGUGUUUUCAUUGGACUAACCACUCUUACAAUGCUAAACAUGAACCAUUAUGUUUACCAUCAACAUACCUGUUCAAAAUAUUGAACACCUCUUACAAAAUGCCAGAAAUUCCCCAAAAACCUCAACAAAACGAAUGCACUCUGCACUGUUCCAUAUUGCGUUAUCAUUUAAAGGGACCCUAUAGUCCCCAGAAGCACUCCAGCUUAAAGGACCACUAUAGUGCCAGGAAAACAUACUCGUUUUCCUGGCACUAUAGUGCCCUGAGGGUGCCCCCACCCUCAGGGUCCCCCUCCCGCCCGGCUCUGGAAAGGGGUUAAAACGUACCUUUUUCCAGCGCUGGGCGGGGAGCUCUCUGCCUCCUCUCCUCCUCCGAUCCGCCCCGUCUGCUGAAUGCGCACGCGUGGCAAGAGCUGCGCACGCAUUCAGCCGGUCACAUAGGAAAGCAUUCUCAAUACUUUCCUAUGGACGCUGGCGUGCUCUCACUGUGAUUUUUCACAGUGAGAAGCACGCAAGCGCCUCUAGUGGCUGUCAAUGAGACAGCCACUAGAGGGAAUGGGGGAAGGCUUAACCCAUUCAUAAACAUAGCAGUUUCUCUGAAACUAUGUUUAUAAAAAAAAAAAAAAAAUGGGUUAACCCUAGAAGGACCUGGCACCCAGACCACUUCAUUAAGCUGAAGUGGUCUGGGUGCCUAGAGUGGUUCUUUAAUGUAGUGGUUCAAGUGUCUAUAUCCUGUCCUUGCAGGCUUUUUUUAAUCUAAACAUUGUAUGUGGUGUACAUGUUCUCGCGCCGCCCCCCCCCCCCCAGUAGUACUUCAGAUAGAAUCUUUAUGAAAUACUCAUCCCAGUCAAGCGUUCUAUAGGUACUGCUUUGUCUCUGUAUAUUUUCUUUCUUUGACUCUGGCCGGAGUCUAAGUGUCAAUCCCGAAAGCAUUCACCAGUGACUGCUGCAGGUAAUUGGCUCUGUCUAGAGUAUCCUGCACAAAUGCAGAGUUUCAUUUGUCCAUGCUCUUUCCAAUUUCUCUACUUCGUGAUCCAUCGUUCUAAUGCAUACCCAGCUGGGAAAGUUAGUGAUACUUGGAAAGUGUCUGAUUUAUUUCUAGUAAUCUACAAUUACACUAUAAUUUACUAACAUGACCAUUUAUUGUCUUUCUUCCACAGUAGAAUACAAAGGCUAAGUGGUGUUUUUACCUUAACUUCCCUUAACUUAUUUUAAUUUACAUUACAGGCAAAUAUUGGGCAAAUGGAAACUUCCAAAGAAAAAUGGGCAAUGAUUAUUGGCAACAUGGCAUUGAUACAGGUAGGUAAUACUAACAUUCAUUGUGGCAGGAGUGUGUGUGUGUGUGUAAUAAAAUUGAUUCCAUUUGUUAUGUUUAAAAGAUCAUUUUGCCUUGCCUUUUGUGCAACAAAUUUUCUAGUAGUCUCUGAUCCUUCUCUGGUGAACUUGUCAAGUUCAUGAUUGACACAUUGUGUGAUUUCAUGGUAAAUCAGCAUUUUUGUAAACCGUAUAAAAUCCAUUUAACAUUUUAAGUGACGGCAGACAGGCUUUCACUGUUCCUGCAGUGGACUCUAUUUUGCCAUGAAAUUAAAACCCAACGAGAUGGAUGUCUCCUAUAAAUUACCUGUAAUAAAAAGGAACUCCUUGCAGCGGGUGACUGGCAUUCCUUACUAUAAUGCUCUGUGGUGGCUUGCUUCGUUUAAAUGCUGUGUAUCUUGAAAUUAAUUGUGGGUUUGGGAAUUUUUUUGUUUUCUUUUCUGCAAGUGUGUGUGUGUGUGUGUGUGUGUGUGUGUGUGUGUGUGUGUGUAUAUAUAUAUAUAUAUGUAUAUAUAUGUAUAUAUGUAUAUAUGUAUAUAUGUAUAUAUGUAUAUAUGUAUAUAUGUAUAUAUGUAUAUAUAUAUAUAUAGUGUGUGUAUGUGUGUGUAUGUAUGUGUGUAUAUAUAUAUAUAUAUAUAUAUGUAUAUAUAUAUAUAUAUAAUUGUAUGUGUGUUUUGGGUUUUUUUUUUUUUCUCCUGAGGUUAUGCAUGGUUGCCCAUUCCUUUAUUGUACAUUACCACUCGCUAAGAUAACCGCAAACAAAUUUUGCCUAGAAAUAUAUCUGUAAACGAUCUCCAGCUCAUAUUGUGGACAUAUGUGUAACUACUUCCAGUAAUUUUUCAGUUACUUUGUCCCCAAGAGAGCAAUCCUUCUCAAAGGAGAAUAAGUCUCUGCUAUGUAGCAUUUCUCUCUCUCAGCAUGGAGACGGCUCAUUUAUACCAUCAGCUAAUGUCUUCCACUCCUUUCUCUUAUUCUUUUAUUUUUUAAAGCUAAAGUUUCAAGGUAAAUACACAAUCUAUUGACUUGGUCCUUAUCUUAUAAGGUAGUUAAUUUAAAGGAACAAUGUACUUGAGCUUAUUGAAGUUGUUGGUGUCUAGUAGUCUACCUCCACCCCACAACUUGACUACAUCCACAAAAUGUUGUAUUUUAAUAAUUAGACUUGGAAGCUUAGGUUGAAGACCUCUGUGUAGGAGAGCUGUGACUGGUACUUCCUGGUUCUCAUGUCCAGGCAUACUGGCCUAUUAUUCACGGUUAUUUUGAUCCAAGGAAAGAUUUGACUGGGGUCAAUGGGAUUUUUUUUCUCAGUUUGUUUCAAAGUUUGAAAGCGCCUCAAAUUAGGAUUUAUACCUUCUUUUGGAUCAACAGCAGAAACAGAUGUGAUGCUGAUCUUGAUGGACACAAGACUCUUCUCAGCCUAUGUUACAAUGUAAGAUCCAUUAGGGCAAAACUGGAUAACGUUCGAAUAAAAAUGCAAGAGGUAGAAAAGUGACAGCCAAAUGUAACGCUAUAGUUACCAGUACAAUUACAGCUUAGUGUCUGUUCUGGUGAGUAUAAUCCUUACCUUCAGGCUUUUUGCAGUAAACUGUCUUUGCAGAGAAAAUGCAGUGUUUACGUUACAACCUAGUGAUAAAUCCACUAGUCACUCCUCAGAGGUGUUUCCUGUGCAGCACUGCCAUUCAGUGUCUCCAUCCUCUGCAUGGAGACAUUGAACUUUCCUCAUAGAGAUAAAUUGAUUGGCCAGGGCUGUGUUUGGUUUGUGCUGGCUCUGCCCCUGAUCUGCCAAUCAUAUGGGAAAGUUGUGAUUGGCUGAGAACAAGACUUCUGAUUAUGUCAGCCAAGGAGGCAGAUCAGGGGCAGAGCCAGUAGCAGCAGACUGUGGGGGGAAAAAGGUAAGAUUUUACUAUAUUUAGUGGGGGGGAAGAGGGGCUAGAUGGUGCGUCUAACACUGCAGGGUCAGAAAUACAUGUUUGUGUUUCUGAUCAUAUAGGGUUAUUAAAUGUAAGAUAUGAGCUGCAAAGGAAAUUGUUGGUCUAUGUUUUAAACCUGCUAAGAUUGGAAUCAAUCUCUUGAAGCUGUGUGUACUCUUGUUUUAUGGAAUUAUUCCUCAUGGUUGUCUUAAUCUUCACACUUUCAGGUCCAAGCUACAGUUGUUGGAUUCUUGGCUUCCAUAGCAGCAGUUAUUUUUGGCUGGAUCCCUGAUGGAAUCUUCCGCAUUGAUCAUGCUGUCUUGUUGUGCGCAAGUAGCGUUUCCACUGCAUUCAUAGCUUCUUUGAUUCUUGGUGAGAAACUGUAAUGUAGUAGUUUUUUUUUUUUUUUUUUCCUUCUAUUUGUUUCCAUUGUGGAGAUGGUGUAUUUACAUAGAAAGUAUGGCUAUGUCCUUAAUUGAUCUUCUCUCUAUUUCUGACAGGACUGGUGAUGAUCGGUGUGAUUAUUGGUUCCAAGAAGUUGGGCAUCAACCCAGAUAAUGUAGCAACGCCUAUCGCUGCAAGUUUAGGAGACCUGGUUACUCUGGCAUUGCUUUCGGGAAUCAGCUGGGGACUCUAUAAGGAGAUGAGUAAGUGGCUGAACCAUGACAAAAUGUCCUACUAGAUAAAGUCUGUGUUUCUUAAAAAUAAUAGGUGGUCUUAUUCUGUGCUCUAUAAAUAAGAACGUUGUCCACUUUACUUGGUGUACGUAAAAAAAAAAAAAAAAAAAGUUGCAACACAAAAUGAGUUGAGGGCCCCAUCUUGUGUGAACUUGGUCUAUAUCAAGGGUAGGCAACCUUUUGGCACUCCAGAUGUUGUGGACUAAAUCCCCUUUAAUGCUCUUCCAGCCAUAAUGCUGGCAAAGCAUCAGGGAAAAUGUACUCCACAACAUCUGGAAGAGUGAAGGUUGCCUACACUAAAUGGAUGUAAGGGGUGAGAAAGCAGAGGUGAGACUGAUAAUAGUGAGAUGAGGGUAUUUAUUGGUUGUGGCAUGCAAUAGCUACUUAACAUUCUUUAGCUGUUUGAGUCAAUCAAUCACAAUUUUUUUUUUUUUGCAUAUCUCUAGCCAUAGGAUCCUCCUUAAUAUAUAAAGAGAAGUUAUUUAACAUUUCUGCCUUUUCCUCGUUUUCAUUAACUUACAUGCACACCUCGCUUUUCAGUGUACCUACACUUUCAUUUUGUACUUUUAGGAUUUUUGUACUUAAGAAAUGUUUUGCUCUUUGGCCAUCAAUUUCUAAUUUUGUAGUUUAGCCAAUCUAAUGGCAGUCUUGCAUGCAUUAUUGCCUUCAGUGUCUUAUUUAGAAUGUCUGAUAUGUCCAAUUUUGCAAUGCUUUAAAUGCCCUUUUCUUAUUUGUAAUCUCUUGGUUUACUUUCCCAUUAAGCCACAUUGGUUUCAAUUUGGUUUUUAUAUUUAUUACCCAAUGGUACAUCCUGAGAAAACCUUUUCUAAUACAUGUUUGAACAUAUCCCAUUUAUCCUCAGUGGCUUUUUUUUUUUUUCACUAAAGCGUUUAUGCCAAUCAAUAUAUCAUAAAGCUGCCCUUGCCUUAUUGUAUUUGGCCUUUUUAACCCCUUAGUGACCAGACAGUUUCAAUUUUCUUACGUUGAGGACAAGGGAUGUUUUUACAUUUCUGCGGUGUUUAGCUGUAAUUUUCCCCUUACUCAUUUACUGUACCCACACAUUUUAUAUACCAUUUUUCUCGACAUUAUAUGGUCUUUCUAAAGAUACCAUUAUUUUCAUCAUAUCCUAUAAUUUACAAUAAAAAUUAUAAAAUAUGAUGAAAAAUUAAAAAAACACACUUUUUUUUUUUCUAACUUUGACCCCCAAAAUCUUAUGCAUCUACAACCGCCAAAAAACACCCAUUCUAAAUUUUGUCCUGAGUUUAGAAAUACCCAAUGUUAACAUGCUGUAAGCCCCCUUUAAAAAACAAAACAAAAAAAAAACCCAUGGUAUUCAAUAUUGGGUAUGUCCAGUCUUUUUUAGUAGCCACUUAGUCACAAACACUGGCCAAAGUUAGCAUUUAUAUUUGUUUGUGUUUUUAAAAUUACAAAAAAAACUAUUAUGAACACUAACUUUGGCCAGUGUUUGAGACUCAGUGGCUUCUAGAAAAGACUGGCCAUCUUCUUUUGCAAAUGGUAUGCCAUCAUGGGGGUAAUUCUCAUUCCUGGGCUACCAUACGCUCUCAAAGGCAAAAUUACCAAUCUGGCAAAUUUCAAACCUUAUAUUUGACCUUGUACAAAAACACUAUAAAACCUGUAUAUGGGGGUGCUUGCAAAUUCAAUUCUUCCUCCGUUCAGUUUAUACUUCAGCGGCCGUGUCCAGUGUUUGGAAAGAUGCCGGCUGCUGCAAGGUGGCGCUGUAUAAUAACGCCGCCCACAAUUGGCACUAGUGACGUGUGCGUGCAACGUCAUGUUUUCGCCGUGCAUGCAUGUUCUGGGGUCAUGGGACCCAAAUCAGCCAAUAGCAGGAUUUACUGGGUUAUUUAAACCUAAACCUGCAGUUGUUCAGUGCCCUGUCGUGGUUUCCAUCCUGAUGGUUAUCCGAGAGCGCAUUCCUGAUUCUGAUAUUUGGUUUUUGAUCUUGGCUUGGCUUGACUUUCUGUAUUUCUGGUAUCCCUGACCCUUUGGCUUUGUUCUUUCUGUAUUCCUGACCUCGCCUCGUUGCUGUUUUUUAUUUAUUUAUUUUUUUAUUGCUUUAAUUCCGGCCAUUCUAAGACCCGGUAAUACGUUGUUACUGUUUGUUACUGUUUUACUUAAUUCUGUGUGUUGGCCCACUGGUUCGUCCUGACAUUACGACAGGGACAUGGACGCUGCAGAGUUAAGUCAACACAUGUUGGGAUUGGGCAAAUCCUUUAUGGGAGCGCAACAAGUAUAUCGGAUAUGAUUAUGCGGUAUUCCUAGCUGAGUUCAAGCUAACUUUUGAGCCAUUGGGUAAGGAAAAUGAUGCGGAAAAAGCCCUCAUGCGCAUAAGACAGGGCACUCGCUCUGUUGCUGAUUAUGCAAUUGAGUUUCGAACAAUUGCCUCACAGGUGGAUUGGACAAACAGUGGCCUCGUCACUGCUUUUGCUGAAGGCCUGUCCGAUAUCAUUCUAGAUGAGGUUGCUGCCAGAGACUUGCCAAACAAACUUAACGAGUAUAUAACUUAUAUGAUACAGAUCGAUAACCGGUUAAGAGAAAGGGAAAGGAUCAGAAACAAACCUAGAAGAAAUAACACUUUUCUCGCUCCCCACUUCUCCAACUCUGUUGUUCACAAACCCCCUAUUGUAGCACCUGAACCUAUGCAGUUGAGAGUUAUGAGGUCAUCUGAAGCAGAAAGACAAUUCAGGAGGGUUUGUGUAUGUAUUGUGGCAAGAAGGGACAUAUAAGGGUAAAUUGCCCGAUUCGUCCGGAAAACACUCGCAACAAAGUACAUUCUGGGACCAGCCUUAGGUGUUGUGUAUAUGUCCCCCACUAUGCCUCUUUCAAUACUACUUUUUUCUGUUACACAACAUUGAGGUCAAUUGCAUAGCCCUAUUAGACUCGGGAGCAGCAGAAAGCUUUAUUGAUGCACACUUUGUGUCCACACACAAAAUACCUCUAAGGGAGAGGUCAACACAUUUUUGGCCGUUGAGGCCAUAGAUGGUAGACCUCUUAGGAAUACACUCAUUACCCAUGAGACCUUACCUGUUUUAUUGCAAGUAGGGGCCUUGCAUAAGGAACAAAUCACUUUUCAGGUUAUCUCCUCACCCUCUUGUCCCAUUGUACUUGGUUUUCCAUGGCUAAUCAAACCUGAUCCACGUGUAGAUUGGAGGAAAGGGGAGAUACUAAAGUGGGGGGAUGUUGUAACAGAUGUUUAAAGCCUAUAACCUAAGGAAUUGGGUACUAUAAAUGUUCCUACUUCCUCUCCAUUGUCCACUACGGUUCCCUCCCAAUAUUGGGAGGUAAAGGAGGUGUUUAACAAGGUACAUGCUGAUACACUUCCACUGCAUAGCUCUUAUGAUUGUCCAAUAAAUCCAUUACCAGGUACUAUACCCCAAAAUGGGCGAGUUUACACACUGUAAAAUCAUGGAGGAAUAUAUAUGCAGGAUGCGUUGACUACAGGUCAUGUACUCUCUUUCCCCAGCAGGAGCAUGUUUUUUCUCUGUAUCAAAAAAAAAAAAAGUCAUCUGCAUCCUUGUAUUGAUUACAGGGUGCUUAAUAAAAUCCCCAUAAGAGACGCUUACCCUAUACAACUUAUUUCAGAACUCUUUGACAGGUUUAACGGGCCAAGAUAUUUACUAAACUGGAUUUAACCCCUUAAGGACCGAACUUCUGGAAUAAAAGGGAAUCAUGACUUGUCACACAUGUCAUGUGUCCUUAAGGGGUUAAGGAGGGCUUACAAUCUAGUUAGACUCAAGGAAGGACAUGGAUGGAAAACUGCAUUUAAUACCCGUAAUGGGCCUUAUGAAUACUUAGUCAUGUAAUGCCCCCACUGUUUUCCAGGAUCUCCUCAAUGAUGUAUUGAGAGAUUUUAUUUAUUCCUUCAUGUUAGUUUAUCUAGAUCUACUGAUAUACUCACCUGAGCUAGGCAUUGACCAUGCGCAAGUUAAACUAGUUCUACAGACCUUACUCAAGAAUGGUCUGUAUUGUAAACUAGAAACAUGUGUAUUUGAUCAGAAAGAGGUAUUUUUUGGCUAUACGAUAUGUGCCUCAGGAUUCAAGAUGGAUCCCAAGAAACUAGAGGCAGUGUUGCAAUGGCCUCUACAUCAUGGUUUAAAGGCUAUCCAAAGGUUCAUUGGGUUUUCCAAUUAUCGUAAUAAAAAAAAUUACGAUAAUCGCCCCGAUCACCAAUUUGACACGUAAGACGGUUAAAGGUACAUUAUGGCCAAAAGAGGCCAUUAAGGCCUUUGAACAACUCAAGGCUUCAUUUGCUUCAGCACCUAUACUUGCUCAUUCUGAUUCCAGCAGAUCUUUCAUAUUAGAAGUGGAUGCCUCUGAAACCAGGGCUGGUGCUAUACUGUCCCAGAGAGAAAGUCAUGACAAAACCCUGCACCCAUGUGGCUUCUUUCCUAAAAAGCUAUCCCCAGCGGAAGGAAAUUAUGACAUAUGUAACAGAGCUAUUGGCUAUCAUAUUGGCACUUGAAGAGGGGAGACAUCUAGUGGAAGGAUCCAAAGACAAAUCAUCAUAACCGAUCAUAAAAAAACUGGAAUAUACAGGGGAGGCUAGACAGGCUAGAUGCUCUUGGUUUCUUUCUCGUUUAAAUUCUAUCGUCACUUAUAGGCCUGGUACUAGGAACCUAACGGCUGAUGCAUUAUCUAGACAGUAUGACAGAGAGAAGGAACAGGAGCAAGAGAACACUCCUAUUAUUCCUCCUGAAUGUAUUUUGGCUUCAACUGUCCUUUCUUUGUCCACACCUCUUCUUGGUGUCAUAAUCGCGGCUCAACCUCAGACGCCUAGCAAUAAACCUUCAGGUCUUCUGUUUGUUUCUGAAACUGAAAGAAGAUAGAUUCUUGCUAUGUUUCAUAAUAACGUUAUAGCUGGGCAUCCAGGUACAUGCAAAACCAUUUCAGCGGUAACCAGAAAGUUCUGGUGGCCCUCUCUUCAGUUUGAUGUGAUCAUCUAUGUCAAUACUUGCCAGAUUUGUGCUGUCUCUAAGUUUCCACACAAAUUGAAAUGUGGGUUGUUACAACUGCUGCCUGUGCCUCUCAUUCCAUGGUCUCAUACAGCCAUUGAGUUGCCUGUCUCAAAGGGGUAUAACACUGUACUCAUGGUCAUAGAUCGAUUUCUCUAAAAUGGCCCAUUUUGUCCCGCUGAAAAGAUUACCUUCAUCAUAAGACCUUGCUCAGAUUUUUAUUAAGGAAAUUGAGAGGUUACAUGGGAUUCCUCAAAACAUUGUUUCUGACAGAGGUUCUCUGUUCAUUUCUCAAUUCUGGAAAUCUUUUUGUAAGGAAUUGUGUAUUGACCUGUCGUUUUCUUCAUCUUAUCAUCCCCAAACUAAUGGGGCUGCUGAAAGGGCAAAUCAGUCUCUGAAAGUAUUUCUACUUUGAUUGUUAACGUUUCCCAGGAUAAUUGUGUUGUGUAAUUCUUCUCUCACCACCAAUACUUCAAUUGGUGUCCUUUUGAGAGAAAUCCACUCUGUGUUGUGUAUUAAUAGUGACUGUAAUAUCCCUGUGUCACCUCUUCCAAGAACUAACAUAUAUAUCUUUAUCCCCUUGUCCAGAUAAAUAUACAGGGAGUGCAGAAUUAUUAGGCAAAUGAGUAUUUUGACCACAUCAUCCUCUUUAUGCAUGUUGUCUUACUCCAAGCUGUAUAGGCUCGAAAGCCUACUACAAAUUAAGCAUAUUAGGUGAUGUGCAUCUCUGUAAUGAGAAGGGGUGUGGUCUAAUGACAUCAACACCCUAUAUCAGGUGUGUAUAAUUAUUAGGCAACUUCCUUUCCUUUGGCAAAAUGGGUCAAAAGAAGGACUUGACAGGCUCAGAAAAGUCAAAAAUAGUGAGAUAUCUUGCAGAGGGAUGCAACACUCUUAAAAUUGCAAAGCUUCUGAAGCGUGAUCAUCGAACAAUCAAGCGUUUCAUUCAAAAUAGUCAACAGGGUCGCAAGAAGCUUGUGGAAAAACCAAGGCGCAAAAUAACUGCCCAUGAACUGAGAAAAGUCAAGCGUGCAGCUGCCACGAUGCCACUUGCCACCAGUUUGGCCAUAUUUCAGAGCUGCAACAUCACUGGAGUGCCCAAAAGCACAAGGUGUGCAAUACUCAGAGACAUGGCCAAGGUAAGAAAGGCUGAAAGACGACCACCACUGAACAAGACACACAAGCUGAAACGUCAAGACUGGGCCAAGAAAUAUCUCAAGACUGAUUUUUCUAAGGUUUUAUGGACUGAUGAAAUGAGAGUGAGUCUUGAUGGGCCAGAUGGAUGGGCCCGUGGCUGGAUUGGUAAAGGGCAGAGAGCUCCAGUCCGACUCAGACGCCAGCAAGGUGGAGGUGGAGUACUGGUUUGGGCUGGUAUCAUCAAAGAUGAGCUUGUGGGGCCUUUUCGGGUUGAGGAUGGAGUCAAGCCCAACUCCCAGUCCUACUGCCAGUUCCUGGAAGACACCUUCUUCAAGCAGUGGUACAGGAAGAAGUCUGCAUCCUUCAAGAAAAACAUGAUUUUCAUGCAGGACAAUGCUCCAUCACACGCGUCCAAGUACUCCACAGCGUGGCUGGCAAGAAAGGGUAUAAAAGAAGAAAAUCUAAUGACAUGGCCUCCUUGUUCACCUGAUCUGAACCCCAGUGAGAACCUGUGGUCCAUCAUCAAAUGUGAGAUUUACAAGGAGGGAAAACAGUACACCUCUCUGAACAGUGUCUGGGAGGCUGUGGUUGCUGCUGCACGCAAUGUUGAUGGUGAACAGAUCAAAACACUGACAGAAUCCAUGGAUGGCAGGCUUUUUGAGUGUCCUUGCAAAGAAAGGUGGCUAUAUUGGUCACUGAUUUGUUUUUGUUUUGAAUGUCAGAAAUGUAUAUUUGUGAAUGUUGAGAUGUUAUAUUGGUUUCACUGGUAAUAAUAAAUAAUUGAAAUGGGUAUAUAUUUGUUUUUUGUUAAGUUACCUAAUAAUUAUGCACAGUAAUAGUCACCUGCACACACAGAUAUCCCCCUAACAUAGCUAAAACUAAAAACAAACUAAAACUACUUCCAAAAAUAUUCAGCUUUGAUAUUAAUGAGUUUUUUGGGUUCAUUGAGAACAUGGUUGUUGUUCAAUAAUAAAAUUAAUCCUCAAAAAUACAACUUGCCUAAUAAUUCUGCACUCCCUGUAUGACUAGCACUAAUAAGGUAUUCUACCCGAUAUUACAAAUAAACAGCCAACACCAUAGUUCUUACCAGAGAGAAAUCUUUACUUAGAAUCUGCCCAGUUAAAUAUUACAGAAGGUUAGUUAUAGUAUUAGUUACAAUACAUUAAUAAAACUCAUACACUCUAUCUAAUAAUAUCUGCUACAUUGUGUAUGUGUAUAAUGUGAGAUGUUAUGUGCAGUGUGUGUCUUACCAACCUAGUCUAACGUGAUGCCAGUAUCUUCUAUUUUUAAAGGAAUUGGUUCCCAUGUUGUAAAUAGCAAAUUCCUCAGCUCAAUUGAUAUGUAAAUGUGAUUUACUUUCCCAAGGCCCAACUUGUUGUCUAUCCUGUUAUUUUAUUUAUGUGUGAACUCUCCCAGCCAUCCCCUUGCCUCUAACCCAAGGUGUGUUUUCAUAGAUAGAUCCGUGGAUCUGUAAAUGUGAUUGGUGCCUUUGAGGUGCUGUAUCUUUCCAACUAUCUAAACAGAAACUCCAUUUGAAGAUAAUUCCUGAUCUCCCAUACACACAGACUUAAUCAAGCACAUAUUAAACAGAUAUAUAAUCAUAAUAUUUUCCCCAACAAAUUGGGUUGACCUCUUGCCCUGGGCGGAAUUUGCCCAGAAAAACAACACUACGCGUGACUCUUCCAAACUUAGUCCUUUUAUGUUGUAUAUGGUCUCCACCCUACUGUAUUACCUUCUGUGUUCUGACACCGAUAUCCCCACUCAGGAUGAGCAUCUGACCUCUAUGAGGUAAACAUGGGAUCUGGUUCAUUCUUCCCUUUUUUUUUUUUUUUUUGACUUAGUGCUGCACCUUCUUAUCAAGUAGGGGACAAGGUUUGGCUGUCCACUAAACACAUUAGACUCUGGGUACCCUCUAUGAAGUUCGCUCCUAGAUACAUUGGUCCUUUUCCGUAUGAUCAAUCCGGUGUCUUAUAUCCUUGACCUCCCUGCCAUCCUUCGAAAACCCCAUACUUUUCAUGUUUCUUUAUUAAAAUCACUUAUCUGCAAUAGAUACACUACUCCUUCCGCACCUCCCUUGGUGGUUGCAAGACAGGAAGAGUGCGAAGUCCGUUCUGUUUUGGACUCCAGGUUCUUGCAUGGUUCUUUGCAGUAUCUGGUGAAUUGGAAGGGUUAUGGUCCUGAGGAACGCUCAUGGGUUCCUGCUGUUGGCAUUCAUGCUGGACGCCUUCUUUGUUCUUUCCAUGCCCAGUACCCUGAUAAGCAUGGUCCUGCCGGCCUGUCUAUGUGUAUAUUUAUGAAAUUAUUUAUGUACAUGGACGUGUGUGUGUGUAUGUAUGUAUGUAUGUAUGUAUAUGUGUGUGUAUGUAUAUAUGUGUGUGUGUGUGUAUAUAUAUAUAUUCAAAAUACAGUUAGAAUAAAAUUAUAUAUUUAAAAAAAAAUUAUAUUAAUGUGUGUGUGUGUGUGUGUGUGUGUAUAGUAAUAAAAAAUACUUUUUGUAUAUAUCUUGUGCAUAAUGUCAUACUUAUUAUAUAUAGAUAUAUAUGUAUAUAUCGCAUAAUAUUUUGUGGGGCGGGGGGAUGGGUGUAUUGGUUAUAUUUAUUUUGUAAUUUAAAAAAGCCACUUGAGCCACUCUGCACACAGGCAGAGCAUCGGAAGCCAUCAGUUAAAAAAAAUUGUUAAUUUUUUUUUUUUUUUCUAAAUUACAAAAUAUAACUAGGGGAGGUAUUGCAGUAUACCUCGACAUCGAGGCAUCACUGCAAUACCGUUAGAGUGGAUGGAAGCAGCGCUCAAAUAUGCCGCUGACGUACCAGGUACGUCAUAGGUCAUAAACAACCAUUAUUUUUUUUUUUUUUAUUUUUUUUUUUUUGUCAGACGCACCUGGUACGUCUGCAGUCACUAAGGGUUUAAAAUAGGUUUGGGUUUUUUGGGGGGUUUUUUUUGUCUACCCCAUGUGCUUUUUUGAGUUUAUUUUAAGACCCCAUAUUGUGAUCACGAUUUCCCAUGUGCUUUCCUACUUUAAUGUUGAUCAGAAGGUCAACAUUGUUUGUUCUAACCAGAUCCAGACAAGCGUCGUUUUUAGUUGGUGCUUGUACCAUUUGUGACAUUUAACAGGUUCAAAAACCUGAUUCCCUUUGCUGAACUAGUUCCACUAUCCCAAUUUAUGUUGGGGUAAAUUAAGGUCACCAAUAAUUAACAUGUUGCCCAAUUUGAUAUAACAAAUUCUUCAUCAAUAUUAACAUUAGGUGGUUUAUAACCCAUCCCAACCGAUAAAGGGCUUCCAUUGUUUUGCCCCAAGCAGAUAUCUACCCAUAAAGCUUCCACACUUUCUUUAUAACAUUCCACUUGGUUAAGAUUUGGCUUUAACCUAUGGUUGACAUACAAACAUAACCCCCACUUUUCCUUGGUUUUUCUAUCCUCCCUCUGCUUUCUUUUGUGAUUUACUUGGGCCCUAAAUAUAAAACUACAGGAAACUAUUCAACAUUAGAAAUAUGUAUUUUUCCUUAAUAUUAAUUUUCCUCUUCAAGUGGUGGGUUUUUUGUUUUGUUGUUUGUGUCUGCAUGCUCUGGCAGAAUAUAGGUGCUUCGUUUGCUUGCAUUCCAAAGCACUGUACUCUGUGCUCACGAGCAGUGCUUUCAUGGUUCUGACAGUCCAGUUCGAAACCCCUUGUCCCAUUCUCUACAGCUUGCUGCUUUAAAUUAAGUUUGUUUAGAGCGUGGUUUUCUCAAAGACUUUGCUAUCUAUGAAUAAAAAAAAACUGUUUAAGGUUAAUUUAGAUAUGUUUUAAUUAAACUUUUCGGCGCUCUGCCUUCCAUCCCUCCUGAGGAAUGCAGAGCGUUGAAAUGUCAGGGUUUUGUGAGUCUUCAGUUCUUGGUUCGUAUAACCUUCGUGGCCUUACCUUUUUACCUGAUAAGGUGAGCACUUCAGUGUCUGGGCAAUAUUUCAUGGUGUUCAUAUUUAUUUUCCCUUCCAUUGCUCCCACUGUUUGUAAGCCUUAAUUACUCAUACUACCACAUUCUGGUGGGUAACUUAAUUAUAGGUCACUGUUAAGCAAAGCAGAAUUUGUUCUUUUCUUGGAAUGUGAAGUGAGGGAACAAUGACGCGGUGUAAAUGGCAGGAGAUCCUCUUUUCUGGUGCAUCAUGAUGUAUUGAUGUGCGCCUCUGUCAUGCUAAAAUAACUUUUUUAUAUCUGUACAUUCCUGUAGAAAAUCAUGUUUUCAUGAACCCAAUUGUCUGUGUACUGUUCAUCGCUCUACUACCUAUAUGGAUUGUGAUAGCAAGGAGGAACCCAGCAACACGAGAGGUGCUUGCCACUGGGUGGGAGCCAGUCAUCAUUGCCAUGGCUAUUAGCAGGUCUGUAUCUUCAAGAAAAUUGUACAUUACAGCAAAUACACACGUUCCUUGGCUGCUAUUUACAGCUCUAAAUCGUGUGGUAGACCUAAACCAUGAUCAAGCCGAUCAAUGGCAUGCCAGCCCAAAGUCUAGCACUGGGUUUUCCAAACUCUGUCCCUUCACAUGUUUGUCCCUUCACAUGUUGCAGAGCUACAUCUCCCAUGAUUCUCUGGCUAUCUAUUUCAUACAAAGAAUCAUGGGUAUUGUAGAUCAGCAAUGUCUGGAGGGACAGAGUUUGAAGAACCGUUGUUCUACUCAAUAACGGUGCUAGUGCUUUUUCUCUAUAAACUCCAAUCUUCUUCUGUAAAUUUAAAUCUGAAGGGCAAACUUAAGCAAGCUGUAACUAUAGCUUAGAUGGAGAAUUGUUACUUCGGUUAUGCCAAAAAUUCAGAGAUUGGUGAAUAACCCUGUUGGAGGCAUAGGCAAAAAGGAAUACAUUUUUUAUGCAGAAAAUAGUACUAUUUUAAAGUUCUAAGUGCUGACCUCGUCCGGUAAUUUAGCUGUAUAAGAGACAGUGGUCUCUUAGCCACUUGUUUCGUUUUGAUCACCCUGCUCUUGUAACACAUGUCAAACUCGCGAUUAACAAAGGGGGUGGGUAGUGAUGGGUGGGUGGCAUUUUAAGGUAAUUUGUUAAAUAGUGAAAUGUGUGCCAGUUGUCUAAACAUUUAUACCUCCCACUUCUUCUUCCUUUUUUUUUUUUUUAGUGUAGGAGGAUUGAUUUUGGAUAAAACUGUAUCGAACCCGAACUUUGCAGGGAUGGCUGUCUUCACACCUGUUAUCAAUGGUAAGUAUGUUCAUAUGUUCCCCUCCAUGCCUUGUGAUCUUCAGAUGUAGAAUAAAUGUGUGUUUAAACCUGCUGCACUUAUCAGACGGUCACAUCUUUCCUAAUUUCUAUACACCCUUUUAUCACUUCCAUUUGUAUCCCAUCUUUGUCUGCUAAGGAGAUAUGAAAUAUAAUUGUUUGCAUAAUAUCCAUUGUGGAUUACAUUAAAGUAUUUUACUAUUUGCAGCACAGUACAGCUAUAUAUGCUCCAAGUCAGCAGUUUUUAACCCCUUAAGGACCAAACUUCUGGAAUAAAUGGGAAUCAUGACAUGUCACGCAUGUCAUGUGUCCUUAAGGAGUUAAACUAGUACUCAAACCAUAAAGAUUUAAGAACUAUUGUCUUUAAAACCUGUUACUUGGAGGUCUUAAUAAAAGCUGUCCCAUUUUAAUCCAUCGUGAUGUGUUCUAGACCUAUAACUGGAAAUAAUAAAAUAGUUUCAAACAGCUUGAUAAAGAGAUAUUUCUUUGGCGAACUGUCUGCUGCUGUACGUAUGUAAAGGUGUGCUGAAGCAUUUGUUAGUAAAGCUAUCUAAAGUUGCAGGUUUGAUUUCUUGCAGCAUCUGUUUCAUCCUUUAUUUUAUCAAGGUCAAUAAAAUAAUCACUGUUAAGUUGACAGAUAACAUCUGUACCCCAUAGUUUGAAACUUCUUUGUUAAAUAGUUUUUAAAAUGCUUUGUUCUUUUGCAGUGGUGGUGCGCUAAUUAGGUGAGUUAGACAGCCAACCAUUGUGACUUUGCAGUUGCCUAACUGGAGAGUUCAGGGGGUGGCCUCCAUGGAUCUGGUGGAUGCAGACCCAGUGCAUAGCUCCCUGGAGUGUACCAGAUCAAAGCUGCAGGUUACCACAGCAAUGAUCUGUGCAAUGUUCCACUAAGAAUCCUAGUCUGCACCCACCUGGAGGUGCGGACCGGACAGUGACCCCAGUGAGCACAAGGCUUUAGGCCGCAAACUAACUUGCCACUGAUGCCCUUGACCUCCACCCCCCACCGCACCAAAAACUGCCUCAUACCCACACACUCAAUUCUGCAAUGAUCCACACACACAAUUCCGCAGUGUGCUUCCAUCCAUGCAUGCACAACCUCUACAAGCCUGUUUGACCGCAAGCAAGCUUCUCUAAAAUAUGCGAAACCACAAGUAAGCUCCCACUUCUCCAUGGCAUAAGCAGUGUCCAUACAUACUUGUAACAUCACAAGCAAUCUACUCCUACUACACCGUCUCCGACCACACAGCCUCCAGACGCAACAGGCAACCUCCACACACAACUUUCCCAGCCCUAUCUCUCAAAUGUCCUCUGGACCCACACAAAAAAUAUAUACCCACCCACCCCCCCAGUCUGCACAAUGGCGCUCCAGAGAAACAGUUGCGUUUGCACACAGAUGCUCCACAGAAACUCUGUUCACACACUGAAGCUUUAGACACUACGCCACUACUCAUGUUCUCUAAUUGAAGCUAUGCCUAAGGCCUCAAAGUUUACAAACACCUCUGUUUUGUGUUUAAAUAUUUAUUUUUAAUUUAAAUUUCAGGGUAUAUAUACAUGUUCUCUGGUUUAUACUUUUAUUGGAAUAUGAGUGUGUUUUUUUUAAUUUAUUUAUUUUUGUUUCUACUUUUUAAAUCGUAUAAAGGAGUCGGAGGGAACCUUGUUGCAGUUCAAGCAAGUCGCAUAUCCACCUACCUCCAUAUGUUGGGGACACCAGGAGAAGACCCAGGGCUUGGCAUACGCAAGUGCCCCAAUCCAUGCUGGACAUUCUUCAGUUCUGGUAAUUCAUUUAAUUUUCUCACCUUACUUUCUGCGUUUUUACAUUGCACAUUGUGGAGAGCAAAUGCCAUGUAUAAAGAGUGGAAGAUUGCAAAGAAAAGCUAGUUCCUUUCACUACGAGGCUUUGUGCUACAAACAUAUGGCUCAAUACAAACUGCUGUUUGACGUGUUUUUAGAAUGAUUCUUGAGGAAGAGCAUCUUCAUAAUUCUAUAGUGCAAGAACAAUGCAUACAUGGAAAUAAUUUGAGGAUAGCACCAUGAAAUGUUACACCUUUUAUUUCCACCUUUUCUAUAAGGCAACAUAACAGGCUAUAAAAGUUACAUGUAAUGUUACAUGAAGGGUGGGGAAUCACACAGCACACUUGACACCAAGUAAAGAGAGUAUGCAGGUAAGUAAGUGGAAUCAUCCAUGGCAGAUCACAUCGAACUAUCCCAGCUUUGUAGUCAUUGCAAGAGGACCAGACCUGCUCAUACCUAGGCAAUGAAUUUUGUACCAAGGCAGUGGUGAGCCUGUCGCGAAAACAUGUAUCAUGUAAUUUUAGUGGUAACCUACAGUAGGAAAGGGGGUAGCUGUCUGCAACCAUUUGGAAGCCAAGGUCCUAUAGGGAAACCAACGUGAUCUUCUUAUAGAGCUUCUGUAGAUGAGUGAGGAACCCAUCCAAAGGCCUAGAUGGCAAAAAUGACCAGUGAUCUAGCUGAAAGUGUCUAUGAAAUACAUUGGUGUGGAGGGUCUACAUAGAACGACAAAAUUAAACCACCUUAUGACAGGACCAGCACAUGUGUAGAUGUGUGCCGUUUGUACCACAUAAGCUUAAACAUGGAUCCGUGGUUUACUUCUCCAUACAAAAUAGCUUAAAAGUAGUGUGUGCCAGCGUAUUAAUGUUUUUGUACAUUUUUCCUGAUGGUUGACACAGAUGGAUACCUUUUUGUUACAUCAAGUAUCUAUCAAACCCCCUCCUCCAGGGCCCUCCCUAGGUCCUGUUCCCAUUGCUAACAGUAAUUUUGUCCCCAUACCCAAGAGUGUGAGCAGGCGGCAAAGUAGUGUUGAGUUCUUUUACAAAUGACCCUUGGUCACAUAGGCUCUGAAAGCUUAUCUCCCUUCUGGAAGUCCAUCUGACCGAUGAGAGCCCUGGAAAAAAUCCUCCAUUUUAAUUAAGUGAUCAUUGACAGUCAGGGGGACCACCUUCUUGAGAUCAUGAAAAGUAAUAAUCAAGUGACCCCCUAUAGGGAUCUUGAGGAUGUCCGUAUCAAACAAGUUUAACAAAUCUAAAGUCCAGUGGUGUCAUACCUGAAGGAAGGUCCUUGUUCCUGAGAAAUGUCUAAUCUCUCCAAUAUUCAUUUUCCUCUAUCUGACCACCAUCUGCUGACUUUUGACAUUGGCAUACCGAGGACCCAAUUGACACCACUGUCUGAACAUCACUCUCCCAGAAACCUCCAAUGUCUUGACCUAUAGCAUUUCUCCACUAAUCUCCAAACUCUCCUUUUACCGAUCUCAAACCUCACCUGUCCUAGUUCUGCAACCUCCUUCUACAAAUCCACCCUCUCAACUAGACAUCAUGGCACCUUGUACAUUUAAACGCCGCAGGCGCCCCCAACAACAACCCUGGCACACCAAGCUCACUCUAUACCUCCAAAAAUGCUCCAGAACUGCUGAACGCUGUUGGAGAAAAUCUCACUGUACAUCUGACUUUCUCCACUAUAAAUGUAUGCUGAGCUCAUACAGCUUGGCUCUUUCCUCUGCCAACGUUAAUUACUUCAAUACCCUCAUAACCACACUCUCCCGCAAACCCAAACGACUAUUUAUCACAUUUAAUUCUCUUCUUUGCCUUGCUGCUCCUCCUCCACCUACUAACUUGACAGCCUCAGACUUUGCAACUCACUUCACUACAAUCCGAGAAGAGAUCUCUCAUCUUUCUUCUUCCCCUAACGUCACUCCCUCUGCUGUUCUAUGUUCAUUCGCACCCGCUACAGUGGAAGAGGUUUCUGCUCUGCUUCAGUCCUCCCGCCCCACCACCUGCUCCCUAGAUCCAAUUCCCUCGCAUCUCAUCCGGACUAUGUCUUCUUCUUUCUCCACUUCUCACUCUCUCUCCUCUGGUAUAUUUCCAUUGCCCUUGAAACAUGCAACUGUAACCCCAAUUCUAAAGAAGCCUAAUCUUGACCCUAACUCCCCAUCCAACUAUCAUCCUAUCUCGCUACUGCCUUUUGCAUCCAAGAUCCUUGAAAAAAUUCUGUAUGCAAGAUUGACCGACUUCCUCGAGUCCAACUCUCUGCUAGACCCGCUUCAGUCUGGUCCGUGCCGUUUCCACAGUGUGCUUAGUGCGGAAACCAAAGUAUCCAAUGAUCUACUCGCUGCAAAAUAUCGUGGUCACUACUCUAUCUGAAUUCUCCUUGACCUGUCUGCGGCUUUUGACAGUUAAUCAUCAACAGCUUCUUCUCAUCAUCCGCAAUAUCGGUCUACAAGAUAUUGCUCUCUCCUGGUGCUCCUCCUACCUCUCCCAGCGCUCUUUCAGUGUUUCUUUCUCUGGCUCUGCUUCUUCUCCCCAACUCCUCUCUUUUGGUGUCCCAGGUUCAGUCCUUGGUCCCCUACUGUUCUCCAUCUAUACUCUCUCUCCCUUGGUAAACUCAUUAGCUCCUUUGGCUUCCAAUAUCAUUUCUAUGCAGAUAACACGCAAAUCUACCUGUCCUCUCCUGAUUUCUCCCCGUCCCUCUUGACUAGUGUCUCUGACUGCCUCUCUGCUAUUUCUAACUGGAUGGCUGCCUACUUCCUUAAACUAAACUUGACCAAAACUGAAAUUCUGGUCUUUCCUCUCUUUAAGUGUUGUUACUCCUGUGUCUGUCUCCCUCCAAGUCAACGGUGCUACCAUCAGCUCCACCACGCAGGCUCACUGCCUAGGUGUUCUCUUUGACUCCGACCUCUCCUUCAAGCCUCCUGUUCAGUCUAUUGUGAAAUCCUGUUAUUUCCAUCUCAAAAACAUUGCGCGCAUCCGCCCCUACUUAAUGCCAGAUGCGACUAAGGUGUUGGCCCAUUCCACUGUCCUUUCUCGCCUUGACUACUGUAAUCAGCUUCUCAGUGGUCUUACGUGCUCCCAACUAGCGCCGUUACAGUCCAUAAUGAAUGCGGAAGCGAGGCUCAUCUUCCUGUCCGCCCGCACCUCCCAUGCCUCACCCUUCUGUCAGUCCCUACAUUGGCUUCCUAUAAAAUAUAGAGCUUAAUUUAAAAUUCUGGUUCUUGCAUUCAAAUCGCUACAUAAUGCUUCUUCCACCUACCUAUCCUCCCUUAUACACAAGUAUGUCCCGUCUAGGCCCUUACGAUCUGCUGAAGACUUACGUCUAUCUUCUGUCCGUACUCCCACCACUGAUGCUCGCCUUCAAUAUUUCUUGAGGGCUGCACCGUUCCGUGGAACUCGCUUCCCUCCUCUGUUAGAAGCUCACCCAGUCUCCACUCCUUCCAAAAAUCGUUAAAAGCAUAUCAAUUAAACUGUUAAUAGCUCCUGACUGAUUCCUCUUCUGCAACUGUCACUAGUCUAAUACUAUCCUUACCUUUUUGUGUCAUUUUACCCCACUCCCUCUAGCAUGUAAGCUCAUUCGAGCAGGACCCUCAACCCCUCUGUUCCUGUGUGUCCAACUUGUCUGGUUACAACUACAUGUCUGUUCGUCCACCCAUUGUAAAGCGCUGUGGAAUUUGAUGGCUCUAUAUAAAUAAUAAUUAAUAAUGUCAUUGGAGACUGAGGGGAAGUCUGGGUAAACUCACAUGAGGUCUGUAAACAAUCCCUCCUGCUGUAUGUGGAAAUAUGACAAUGAUCUGACUACUUCUCAUUUCCUCCAGAUAAGGCAUCAACUGCACUCUUAAGGGUAUCUAGACCCGUUUUGGGGGAGAGGGCAGGGAUGAGGCUGAAAAUGGACCAAGAAGCAAGGUAGUAUGGGUAGAUUCUCUAUGAAGGCCCCAAUAAUCCAGCAGGCCAAAAAGAAAAGGCCAUUCAACCCUAUCACAAAUUUUCUCCGCAAAACUGCCCACCUUUUUAUAACCGCCACAGUAGCAGACUUUCAAACAUUCAAAAAGCAACAUAAUUCUUAUUUCCUGUGUACAGUCUUUCAUACAUCCCUGUUACAUUAUACUACUGGAUCAUUGUAUAAAAUCCAUUGCAAUUUUCAAGAAGUAUAGAAAUCUAAAAAUUCAGUGUAGCCACCAUCUGCAAGAAACUAGCCAAAAUAUUCUCUCUCCUUCAAAAGGAUUAUAGAUGUGUCAAAUGGUGUUCGUUAGGAGCAUGGUCUGCGGACCAAAAAGUCUACUGUCAGCAAAUUCCCAUACUAGACUGGGAGGCCUUAGGAACAUGGAGUUACCAAAGGGGGAAAUCUAAAGGUGUGUUUUAUAUAUUUUUAAUUUAAAAAAAAAGUGUUUUAUUUUUAUUUUUUAUUUUAUUUUUAAAUAAAUGGACAUACAUGCUUUAUAAGAAAAAGAGAAAAAAAUCUUAUUUUAACAUGUAUGUUAAAUGGGGGUUUAUAGUUAAACCUCCAUGGCGAUCUAUGUAACAUCUCUAGACUAUGUUUUGUUGAGCAGCUUAUAGAUUCAUUUAUCAUUUUCUUUUCCUUUUCCCUCAAUUCAGAUGUGAAUUCACGAUCCACCCGUGUGCUUUUCUUGCUUGUGGUCCCUGGGCAUCUUGUUUUCCUGUACACAAUAAAUUCUAUGCAGGGUGGGCACACUACUAUGACUCUCAUCUUUAUAGUUUUCUAUAUGACAGCAGCUCUUCUUCAGGUACGUGUAUGUUGUUUUGUUUUUUUUUUUGUGGGAGGAAGGGGGGGGUUUGGGUUUUUUUUUUUUGUGUAUAUCUAGAACCUUUGUCUCGUCCUGCAAUUCAGCUUGUUUGACCUCUUAGAUACAAGUACUGAGCAUGAAAAUGAUCAGAGAGAAAAGCCAAAUCUUUAUUUUGUUCUUGGUUUAAUUUUUGGGGGCGGGGGGUUUAAGAACAAUUUUAAAAUGCAUAUUGUUUUAUAGUGAAGUAUACUCUUACAGAGGAAAUAAAAAAAGGACUCUAAGCAACACUCUGGACCCGUACAGCACUUUAGCUUGGUCAAAAGCUUCAUGUGUGAAGUGUGUCCUCUUUUCAUUUUGUAAAUAGUGCAGAUUUCAAUAGAAAUGUAAACUUUUUUUUUUUUUUAUAUAUAUAAAUUAUACUGGUUAUACCCCCUGGUUUAGUUAUCUUAAUAAGUCGCACUGAACUCAAGAGGCAGCAAUUGCCCAGAGCACCUGCCUUGCAAAAAAAAUUAAAAACCAAAAAAAAUUAUUGGGAAGUCUGAGAUUGAACAGUUACAUAGUCUGGGCAGGGUAAGAAGAGGAGGGCUUGCAAAGGUAGCAGACAAGAGAGCUGCAGUUUUUGUAAACUGUUAAAGGGUUAAUAAUUCUUUCAGAGUUAUAUCUUAAGGACCAAACUCCUGGAAUAAAAGGGAAUCAGGACAUGUCACACAUGUCAUGUGUCCUUAAAGGCAUAAGUGUCUUCAUUGGGGCAUAUCUACCAAACUCACAGAAAAAAAAAAAAAUAAUAAUAUAAAUAUAUAUAUAUAUAUAUAUAUAUAUAUAUAUAUAUAUAUAUAUAUAUAUAUAUAUAUAUAUAUAUAUAUAUAUAUAUAUAUAUAUAUAUAUACACCAUAUAAAAAAAUGUUUAUUUUUUUUUUCCAUUUUUAUUUGGGCAUUGGAGUGUUCCACCAUCACACAACACAUCAGAUAUUUUUAGGAUACUGAAAGGAUAUACUAUAGGUGUUUGGGCUGCUAAGUCAAAUCACAUUGAAUUAAUUCAAUUAAAUCAAAAGUAGAAUGAAAUUAUUUCUUAGCCGCAUAUUUUACAUGUACAACACAUUUUUACAGGGCUAUGGGUUUUUCUUUUCGUUUGGUUUUGGUUUUUUUUUUUGGUUUUUUUAUUUUUUUUACCUGCUUUGUUUCACUGUUUGAGACACUGUUACUCUGUGCACUGCAGGUCCUGGUUCUCUUGUACAUCGCUAACUGGAUGGUUCGUUGGAUGUGGGGCAGAGGGAUGGACCCUGACAACUUUUCAAUCCCUUAUCUCACUGCAUUGGGGGAUCUUUUAGGAACUGGAUUGUUGGCUCUAAGUUUCCAUGUGUUGUGGCUCAUUGGGGACCGAGAUACUGAUGUUGGCGAUUGAAUCUAGCCUUCUAUGGGAAUGUCUUUCUUAAUCUGGAUGCUGGAUUCCCUGGUUAAAGAAAUGGGGACCACUAAACCGCCUGGAGGACCUCAUACUUAAAGGACCAGUGCAAUUUCUCUGCUUGUCCAUUUCUGUAUGCAAAGGAUGCGUAUGCAAGCUGCUUUUAAAUUCAAAUUGAAUAGCAGCUCAGGCUUUGUAUUGCAGUACAAUCUGUUAAAGUCCUAUGCAUUGUAUAGAAGGACUGGUUUCCUAGAAUGUUCUGUCUUCCCAUUACAAAUGACUUAUUCUCUCCUCUGCAACGGGAAUGUGUAAUAGUCAACAUUAAAGUGCAGAUACCGAUGACAUCCUUAAUUACAUACAAUCUCUGCAGGAAUGUUGUGGGUUUUUUUGUUUUCCUUUAUUUUGCAUGUUUAGGGUAUUUGUCUAUUUGAAGCCUUUUUCUACAGAUGGCCAUAUUGUGCUUUAUGAUGAUGUUGUUGUACAAUUAGCCAUUGUCUGCCUUAAAUCCUUUACGCACCAUAUGGGUUUGCAACAUCGCCUAUCCUUUUUUGCACUUCAGAUAUUCUCUCACGGUUAUUUUUGAUCUAUACAACAUCUAAAUAAUUUACAAUUUUUUGGAGACCUGGUUCUUCUACCAUGACCACAUCAAAUGGCAUGCCUUUAUAUUUUAUCAGUCCCUGCCGAUUGCAUGGGUCUCUUUUUUAUUUUUUUAUUUUUUUUUGAUCAUUUGUACUAGUUUAAUGAAUUUAACACGCACACUCACUCACCCACCUUUGGUGAGAGGGCAAAUUUGAAAUGGUGUCUAGUCUUAUAUGGUACAAAGCUAAAUAUAUAUUGUUGACAAUAUGGGAAAUUUAACCCUAGGUCAGAAAUGGUGAUAAGUGGUUGACACUUCGACUACAAGUCUUGUUCUGCUUUUUCCUGCUCCAAAAAGUGGAGAAAAACCAUGGCAGAGUAAACGCUAUAAUAGAUGAAUAGAGGUAAACAACUGGCUAUAAUCACAAACCCUGGUCUGUGAAUAUGUGGAGGAGGUGUUCACCCAAUUUUUUUUUAGACUCUGCUUCAAGAGUCUAAAUUUUGGUUUUCUUAACAUCUGCUAAUUUUCUAGCAGGAUCCCUGUGAAUAGGUCCUUUAAAAAAAAUAUAUAUAUUUUUAUUUUUGGUUCACAUGUUACACUACAGUACUACAGUUUAGUGGGCUCCUUACAAGUUUAAAUCUUAAUUAUGUUGAGACUUACAAAAGUCAAGUCACACCACACACAAGAUGGGUUUUGUUUUUCUACCAGAUGACCUGACGUUUGUCUUGCAUAACCUUUCAUAUGCCCUUGCAUUAAAUGUGUUUAUUAAACUGGAAAACCAAGCAUUAACUUAUUGAAUUUGUAUUUUUUUGACUACCGCUAAAAAUACUCUAAAAAAAAAAAAAAAAAAAGUGGAAAUGUUGAGAACAAAAGUUGGACACUCUGCAUUCAACUCAAGGACAGCAGUGGACAUCUUCCACAAAUAAAUUGUGGAGCUUCUAAAUUAAAGAAAUUGUCUAAAUUAUAUUUGUCUAAAGAUAUUUAAUAAAGUUAUUUAAUUAAAUCUGGUGUGGAAAAUGUACUUGUGAAUGUGUGUCUUUAUGUAAUCCUUCCAAAUAUAUAUAUUUUUAAAACCUUCUGCAAGUUUGUUUGAUUGCUGUCCAAAUGGUCACUAUAUUACUGUUCGACCUAUACCAUACCAAUUGGUCUGCAGUAACACUGAAAUGUUCAACCAGAAGGGGGCACACUAUGAUGUAUGUUUGGUAGCAAUAGCAUUGACUGCAUCAUGUACAUUCUGUAUUCUGU